CUGAGAGUGAAGUGUCACCUGCAAGGCCGACUCCAGGGGUUUCCUAGGUGGCAGCAGGGGGGAGCACCAGGGGGCAGGUAACUCCUAGUGACCCAGUCCAGGGAUAUCCAUACACCCAGCCAGUCCCAGUGACACAGUCACACACUUAUAACUAAAUAUUCCAAAUUUACAGGAAUUUGCCCCAAAGUUAGACCCUGUCCACGUGUGUCCCAUUAAUUCCCAGAUAUUCAGGUCAGCAUGAAGUUAUCUGCUGGCAUUUGUCUUCCUGUUGGGCCAUGUAGUAUACACAGGGAUGUGUUCUGGCAUUUAAACUCAUAUAUUUUUAAUGAAUAUCUAAUCUAGGCAUCCAGAGUGUGUGUGUGCGCUUAAGGCACCCAGUCUAUAGAAUGGAAAUACACAUAUUUGCAUUUAUGCGGAUUUGUUUUUGCGUUGUAUGUGUCUAUUGACAUAUAUAUUCAAAUAUUUGUGGUCCGGUGAUUUAGUACAGUGAAGUUUAGUUUGGGUUAGAAGACAUAUAGACACUUUUUUUUUGCACAUAGCUGCCUAUAGGUACACCAUGGUCCAAGUUUGUCCGUCCCCUGUAACCCGCUCCGCGGUUCUGAAGCGGGUAGCCGCACUGGUGGUGGCAGCCUACGGAGCACGCCGGCUUUACCCGGUGCUAAGACACUUUUGCUUUCAGCUGGGCAGGCAGCCGAAGUCGAAUGGGCUACUGGGAGAAAAAAAAGACUCCUCUUCGGGUCCGGCACCCACUUACGAAAGGACUGGGGUGAACAGGGUUUUCUUCAGAAGGCUAGCCCGUCUUCUUCGUCUGCUUUUUCCAAAGUUGGCAUGCAAAGAGUUUGGACUACUGCUAUUGCAUUCAGCAGCCCUCAUCUCUAGGACAUUCCUUUCGGUCUACGUGGCCAAGCUAGAUGGACGUCUAACCCGUUGCAUUGUAAAGAAACGCCCAGCCAGCUUUGUGUGGCAACUUCUUAAAUGGCUUUUUAUUGCCCUGCCCGCUACUUUCAUCAACAGUGCCAUCCGCUACCUUGAAGGACAGUUGAGUUUAGCUUUCCGUAGCCGCCUGGUGGCCCAUGCAUAUGACUUAUAUUUUGGUAAUCAAACAUAUUAUAGAGUCAGCAACAUGGAUGGAAGGUUACGUAAUCCUGAUCAGUCACUAACUGAGGAUGUAGUAGCGUUUGCCAGUUCAGUAGCCCAUCUUUACUCCAACUUGACCAAGCCUGUGCUGGAUGUGGUGGUGACCACUUACACGUUAAUCAGUACUGCCAAGUCCAAAGGUGCCAACACUGGCUGGCCUGCUCUUAUUGCUGGAUUUGUUGUCAUUAUUACAGCAAAAGUGCUGAGAGGCUGUUCUCCUAAAUUUGGAAAAUUAGUAGCAGAGGAGGCCAGACGAAAAGGAGAGCUGCGGUACAUGCACUCAAGAGUGGUCGCCAACUCAGAAGAAAUUGCUUUCUAUGGAGGUCACAAGGUGAGAUGAUGAAUGUCACGGAUGGGUACUUAUCACUAUGUCUUGUUUGCAAUGGCAUCCACAAGCUCUGAAUGGCUGUUAAUGGUAAUUCACUAAGUUGUGGUCUGAAUGGAGUUGAUAAACAUAUUUGCAAGUCUUUUUAUUCAGGUUAUCCAAUGAUAAACUACUAAAUUUAAGCUGAAACUUUUGGUUGUUAUGACAAAGAUGGGGUAAUUUUUUCAUAUUUGCUUGUUUGAUCUGUAUUUUGCCAAAAUGUAUUCCCUAAACUGUAGUUUUGCGGUGAAUUGACAACCAAAUUGCAAAAAGGCAGGCUAAAAUAAUUAAUUUUUUUAAAAAUUCUUUAACUCUGCUAUAAUCACAGCUUAGUUGUUUUGGCCUGAAAUUGCAAUUCAGUUUUGGAUUUGCCCCAUUUCUCUAUUUAGGGACUAAACCUUUAAAGGAACACUCAACACACAAAGUUUUAUGUGUGAGGAGCAUUGCUUCUUUUUUUAUAAAAAUGGUGAUUUCUAUUUGAAAUAGGCACUUUUAUAACUGAUUUCAGAAACAAUUCCGUGGCUGUUAAGACAGAUGGAGGUUUUCCUCCCAAUUCCAAGGCAGGCUCACUAUGCUUAAAGGGACACAACUCCCAUCACCCUUAACCAUGAGCAUAUAAUUAUUGCAGUUUUUAUGAACUGCAAUUAUUACCUUGCAGGGUUAAGUCCUCCUCUAGUGACUGUCUACCAGACAGCCACUAGAGGGACUUCCGGAUUCUUAGGCGACCUUUGGUCGUCUAAACGACGCUGGACGUCCUCAAGCUAUGCAUGAGGACUUCCAGCGUCGCCGGAAUCUCCAUAGGAAAAAAUUGAAUAAUGCCCUAUGGGGAGAUCCUAAUGCGAGCGUGCCAUUGUUGGCAGGGGAGGAGCAUGGGCGGAGCUGAGGGACAUUGGCGCUGGGCCCACGUAAGUGACUGAAGGGGUUAUUAACCUCUUCAGCGCCACAGGAGUGGGCCUUGACAAACUGGGAAGCUACAGUGCCAGGAAAAAGAGUUUGUUUUCGUGGCAUUAUAGUUUUCCUUUAAUUGCGCCUGCCUUCUUCCCCAAGUAAAACUGUGCCUUUCGGCAUGUGCUUGCGCCUCAGAACCUGGAGAGCACGUUUGUGGUAGCUUAUGGCUCAAAUUCAGAGGCUUUUCAAUGAGUAGUCUCUGGUCGCAAGAAAGGGAGGACUUGCAAAGGCUGCAGACAAGAGAUCUUAAGCUUUUUGCAAGUCGUUUUUAGACAUUCCAAUUAAAAAUGUAGCAAAUAAUGUGUUCAUAUUUUCAUUGGGGGAUAUGUCUAGUAAUAUGUUACAAAUUUCUCAAUUGGUGUGUUCCUUUAAGGGAAUAAACCCCACAUGGUUAGUAAUGAAACAACACUUUUAAAUGUGAUAUCCACAUAUCCAAGAUGGAAUAUUUGUUCUGCUGUAAAAAAAUUUAAUUUGGUUUAUUUUGACCUAAAUUGAAUUCCCUCUUUGAUUUGACAGUUUACAGCUUGACAAAUAAUUCUGGUUGUCCAUAGGUGAGAGCCUUCUGCCAGCCUGGAUAGCAGAGAGGACCAAUUGCUCAUGGUACCCUUCAUGAGGUUAGCCACAUACCUCCCAACAUUGGGAGGAAGGAAAUUGGGAAAGGGAUGAGUGGGCAGGCAUAUAGGGGGAGUGCUAUUGGUGCCCAUAGGAGAGCACUUCUCAGAAUGGUGAAUGUCCCCUCUGAAAGUGUGGUCUGUCGGCCUGGUGUAAAUGCCUUCUUGGCUGACUGGCUAUCACCUUUGCUAGCCUCACAGAAGUGAUUAUGGUGCCCAGAGUCUUUAUUUAAGCACCUCUUUAAACAGCUCAUUAUUUUUCUUUAAAAAAAUAUGCUGCCAUUUAACUUUUAUAGGAUCUUCACUAUAGUUUUUUUUUUUAUUUUUAUAUAACUUCCAUUGUGUCGGCCAAUUGCUGAUCCCUAAAGGAAUGCUCCAAACACAUAAGGCACUUCAGCUUGUUGAAUUGCUUUAUGUGUAAAGAGUAUGUCCUAUUUUUUUUAUUUUUAAAGUUAUAAAAGUAGAGACUUCAAUAGAAAUCUGCACUUUUAUACAGGAAUCUUGUUAAACCUACAAUGCUGUCAAUCAGACAGCCGAUCCUUUUUCUUCCUCUUAGUUUAGCUGCAAGGCAAGAAGGAUGGGUUCAACAGCAGAAUAGAUCUAGAGCUGCAAUUGCUGAAAAUAUAUUCAUUAGGGUAUAUCUACUUUAAUCAUAAUUUUUGUUUUAUGGAGUAUUCCUUUAAAAUUCCACUGCUCUUCCAAAAUGUGAGGUUUAAAAAUUCCUAACUACCCCUGCUUUGAGAAUGUAAUUUCUAUUGAUUUUAAAUUCCAAUGAAAUGUGUAGACCCAGAUAUUUUAAAUUAAUCCCAUUUUAGAGAACAAGCCUAAUUGCAAGGUAGUAAAUAAUAUUUUUUAAAUAAACAUGGCAUAAUGUGAAUAUUGUGUAUUUAACGAGGAGUGUAUGAACAUUUGAUCUGAAAUAGAAAAGUAACAAAAUGAAAAUAUAAUACAUGCUGACACGCAUGGAUAUACAGAGAGGACACACUCUACAUCUGAAAAACAAAUGGAAUAUACAUAGUGCUUUCCAUACAGUAAAAUAUAAGUAGUCUAUAAUAUAUGAGGAAUGAACUCACAAAGAUGGAGCCUCAUAGGCUCUAUGUACAUCACCCUUGGGUGCCUGUCCAGGCUCUCGAUAAGCUUCUUAUGAAGAACUUGGGGUCCACGAAUAAGAGUAUAAAUACAAAUUUAUUGAAUAUAAUAAUAAAAAUAUAUAGGGACAAAGAUAAGGCAGGUAUUAAAGUAGAAUAUUGCACAGUAUUGCACCGCAAUUAAGGCCAAAAAGUAAGAGCAGUGAAAAUACCAAAGCAUAUAAACAAUUAAAAAUACCGCCAACAGGAAAGUCCCAAUAAAAGUCCAGUAGUAGGCAAACGCGUUUCAGCCCUAGAUAGGGCCUUCCUCAGUGUGAGCAUAUAUAUUAUACUCUUAUUCGUGGACCCCGAGUUCUUCAUAAGAAGCUUACCGAGAGCCUGGACAGGCACCCAAGGGUGAUGUACAUAGAGCCUAUGAGGCUCCAUCUUUGUGAGUUCAUUCCUCAUAUAUUAUAGACUACUUAUAUUUUACUGUAUGGAAAGCACUAUGUAUAUUCCAUUUGUUUUUCAGAUAUAACCACAGUAUCUAUAUCUACAAUAGGUGGUAUAUUUAUAUAUUGUACCUUUUAGUGUGUGUGAAUUUGUUUAUACUCUUUUACUCUGUUUCUAGGUGUUAAGGGAUUACACCUUUUUUCACACUCACGCUUAUUGUUAUAUUUAAGAUUGGAAGCGCCUACACAAAUUUUUGUAUAUUUUUAUAAAGAAAAAAGUUACUUGCGCCCUAUUCCAAAUCCCUGUGCAUAUUUUAUAUAAAUGCAGGUUUUUAGUUCCACUUUAUUGACUCUGUGCUUUUCUAUGGGGAUUUUACUGAUGCUUUAAGUCCUCAUGACGCGUGUCCAGCAUCAUUUAGGUGAUCUAGAGUCUGGUAAACUCUCAGAAGCGCCUUUAGUGGCAGUCUGGUAGACAGCCACUAGAGACUGCCUUAGUGCUGCAAUGUAAACAUUGCAGUCUCUCUAAAAGGGCAGUUUUACAUUGCAGGGACAUUGGACCCAGACCAGUCUCUUGCCUUGUUCCAUACUGCCAGAGGCCUUCCCUGUGCUAUGCUGCCAUCAAGUUCACCAAACUCCAUCCCAAAGGUCCUAAAUAAGACUUUCAGGGGUGCACAGUUAUACUGAAAAACAAGGAAGUGUCCAGAGAGUUAAAAAAAAGUCUGUGUAUUGAAUAGCUACAGAUCAUAAUAGUGUAGCUCUAUCUUUCAGGUAAAUAAAAUAAUUUUCUACCAUUUUAUUUAUUCAUUUAAUAAUUGGAUAUGUGUCAGUGAUGAUAAAAUAAGUUUAACAAAACCACUGGGCCCGACAAAAAGUUCCUAACAGCUGGGACGCUGCCUGUAAGAGGAUUCUUUAACCUUUAUGGAAGAAUUGUUACCCCUGUGUCAUGUUGAAAGACCCAGCUGUUGCAAUUAAUCACAAUCUUCUUUCAACAUGGCAAAUAGGGUUCUAAAAGUGGCUCUAUCAGCUUUGGGUGUCUUUGCAAAUUUUACACACACGAGUGAAGGUGACAUCAUGCCCACUUGUCCUGUAGUGGCCUGAGAGGAGAAGCUGGUAAAAGGCAUAAACAUCUGAAGCUGUCGCUGAGAUGCCGCCAUCUUUGUUAUAGAAAACAUAUUCUGCUCCCGCCAAGAGCUUAAUCUAUGUCCUUUUCUCCAUCAUGCCCAAGAGUGCAAUGUAGAGCUCUAUGGUCUUCUACAGUGCAUGAGACGAUACCUGUUUUCCACAGCUGUUACUAAUGAUGAUUUUGGGAACUGACAAAACUUGACAGCAGAAGAGCCACCGUUUUGACCUAAGACAAAGUAGUCUCUACUGCUUUUCUAAGAAAUUCUUAUGAAAUACUCAACAUUGACUUGGUGGUGACAGAACCUAUUUAACCUCUUAAGGACCAAACUUCUGGAAUAAAAGGGAAUCAUGACAUGUCACACAUGUCAUGUGUCCUUAAGGGGUUAAAGAGAACCUGCCAAGACCUAGCUGACCGUAUGCUCCAGUGCCGCGAUCUCCUUACAGAGGGGUGUUACACUUUUGUAAUGCCCACCUCCGGUCUGGUCCGCUCUCGCUCCUCUCGCAGUUUUCACUGAUUCAUACCUCCUCUAUGACAUUAACACGUGUGUGUAUGUAUGUAUGUAUGUAUGUGUAUAUAUAUAUAUAUAUAUAUAUAUAUAUAUAUAUACACUUUUUUGUUUUGUUUACUCCCAGUUUAUACAUUUGCUAGCAAAACUGCUAUCACAAUGUAUCAAUGACAUUUAGUGCUCUUUCCAAAGAACAUGAGUGGUGUGGGAGGAAAGGUGACAUGCUCUCUUUUAAGGCUAAAGUUUUAGGUUUUGUAUUGCGAAGGGUGGGGGUAAUAUGCUCCAAACAAUUUGGGGUCUCUUUGGCACUGUAUCUUAGAACAAUUACCAUUGAAUUGACAUAUAUAAAGAGCCAAAAAGGUGUCACUGCCAUAGGAGCAAGGAUUUAAAAUAAGUCCUUUUCUGCUUUGCAAAGCUAGUAAAUGCAAAUCUGUAGAUGUAAAAUGCAUUUUCUCAGGAGAAAGAAGGAAUUGACAAUGAAUCUUUUUGUUUGCCUAAAAUGUUGGCUCCUUUUACAUAACAAAUAUGCAUAGAACACUUAAAACUAUUCCCAUGUGAAAUUGUGGUCCGAUGCUGCUAACCAUUGAUGUAGCUUGAUUACAUCCAAGUUCUGCUGUUCCUAGAAAAAAAUAAUUUUCUGUAGAGAACAGGUCAAGGUUGAAACAUCCAUCUGCCAAGGGCAAACUCCACAUUUCCAAAUCUUGUUUUCUGUCCAGGUUUUUUUUUUUUUUAUAUAUAAAUAUGUGCUAGUGAUAGAUAUUUAAAGGGACACUCCAUGCCCUGUAACAAUCUAACAAUCCUGAAAGGUUUGCAGAGUUUAUGAUGCAAAGAUAGCCCAUGUCUCUGCCUCCUUGCAAUUGCUUGCAGCCCAUCUUGACAUUUCACGUCACAGGAGGAAUGUAAUGUUUCAUCUUUGCCCGUACAACUAUAUAAACAGGCUCCUUCAAGUCUUGCUGGGAAGGAGCCGGAGUCUUAGCUUCACGGUCGAAUCUAAUGGCACCAUGCGCAAAAGUUUGACUAGAGUUGUCAGCAAACUGUUGCCAAGUGCUGAACGAUAGCAUUGGUUUAAGAGAUAUGCUUUGUUCCCAUGUAAAGGGAUAUAAUGAGAACAUAGGGAUUGAAGGAGUCACUUCCUGAUGUGGACAGAGUUCAUUACAGGGCUGCAAAGCCUGGGAAUUCACAACAAAAGUAAGCAUUUCAAAUGUGAAUUGAAAUCGAAGACCUAAAGCAUUAGGUGGCAGGAGAUCACGAUGUCAGUCUGUCAGUAUUGACUAUUUGAAAACAAUGCCGUUUAACUUUGUAGUGUUUUCACUGCAUAACUGAAAAAGAGGACAUGGUUGCCAUCAGUUGUCAGAGGUGAUAAAAGCAGCUGUGACCUACAGAGGGAGGGAUAGAACAGAACGAUUUGAGAUUUAGUUGAAUGCGUCGGGUUGUCUUUGUUAUUUGUGGUUAGGCAGAGCCAGCAACUAAACCUUUUCAAUAUAAAUGUCUGUGUUGUUUUGCAGCUCGGUACAGUACAUUUAAACAAUGUAGCACUCCGAAAAGGAGACAAAAAAUUUACAUUUUGUCGGAAGUGAUAACGGCAAACUCUUGUCCCAAAAAUUACAAAAUAGCAGAGAAAAAUAUUUUUUUAAGAAACAUAUAAUAUUGAAUAAAAGGGAAGGAAUUGAAAGUAGACGAGAUCCAUUCCUGAGUUUCGAUAUUAUGAAUAUUUUACUUAUUUCACGUUUAGCACUCUUUAAGCCAUUGCAAAGUUUUUGUUUCAAAGACAUUAGAAAGAGUUAUUGGUUUUACGCUCCAUAAAUUACUUUGCAUUCUCGUGAGACAAGUAAGGUAUUCGAUCCUUUAAGUCAGGGGAUACAGCUUUAUACCAGGUGUACACCACAAUGCACCAUAUGUUUGGGAACAGAGUAAGCAUAAAUAUCCAAUUGUGCUCUAUCAGCUGUGUCCAUUCAAUUAGUUUGUAGUGAGACAUGCCAAUUUUUCAUGGAGAAUUGUGAAUCCUUUAGAGCCAGAUCUUCGUUAUGUGUGUGUUUUUAAAACACUUGCAUAAAAACAUAAAACUAACAAACACAAAAUGAAACUGUAAGGAUCAUACAAACCAUUCAAUAUAACAAAAAUCUUUUGAAACAAAACACAGAAAGCCCUAAAAGUUACAAACUAGUAAUUAGCUGAAUAUUACAAUUACCUCUUUUUGCAGUGCUAUACAUGUGUAUAUUACCACCAUAACCACUACACAUUAUUGUAGUCGCCCAAGCAUGCUGUGGGUGCAGACUUCAGUGGUUCUGCAAAAAAUAAAUUGCUGUUGUGUUUUGGAAUGCCCACAUCCUGCUGUUAACACACAUCCUACGGUUACAAAUAAUUUGUACUGGUAAAAGGAAGUAAAAAUUCUCACUGUGAGGUUUAGGCUCAGUGGUGGGAUAUCGGUGCCAGGGAAUUGUCCAUUACUUACUAGUGUCAUAAUUGCUGCAAUAUGUUGUGAUGGUUGUGUAGCUUAAAUAAAUACCUCUAUGUCACCAAAGUAUGCUGUAGUAGAUUAGUAUAUGUAUAGAUCAUAGUUUCUACCUAUGUGAUCUUUACAUCUUGACAUUCAAUUAAUUAAACUUAAAGGACCACUAUAGUGCCCUGAGGGUGCUCCCACCCUCAGGGUCCCCCUCCCGCCGGGCUCUGGGGGGAGGAAGGGGUUAAACUUACCUUUUUUCCAGCACCGGGCGGGGAGCUCUCCUCCUCCUCUCCUCCUCUUCGGCUAAAUGCGCAUGCGCGGCAGGAGCUGCACGCACAUUCAGCCAGUCCAUAGGAAAGCAUUCACAAUACUUUCCUAUGGACGCUGGCGUUUUCUCACUGUGAAAAUCACAGUGAGAAGCGCGGAAGCCCUCUAGCGGCUGUCAGUGAGACAGCCACUAGAGGCUGGAUUAACCCAUUUAUAAACAUAGCAGUUUCUCUGAAACUGCUGUUUAUAAAAAAAAAAAAAAAAAAAGGGUGUUAAUCCUAGCUGGACCUGCCACCCAGACCACCUCAUUAAGCUGAAGUGGUCUGGGUGCCUAUAGUGGUCCUUUAAGUUCAUCACAGGUGAUGCAUAUAUAUAUUUAUAGAUCUCUAAGAGCAGGUUGUGGGAUUUCAUAACAAUUUGUUUUAAUAUGUAAUUUGUCUGACACAGAUAUUAGAUGGUACAGGAAUAGGUGUGUAUUUUAUCAGAAGAACAUGAUGUUUUGACUCCACUUGACUGUGGUGUGUGAUCACACUCCUAUCUAUAUAUACAGGCAUACCCCACUUUUAAGUACACAAUGGGACCAGAGCAUGUAUGUAAAAUGAAAAUGUACUUAAAGUGAAGCAAUACCUUUUUUUACUUCCCAAUGCAUGUACUGGAUUGCAAUAGUCAUAACUGAUACUGCAACUGCAGAUUUCCAGUGAUUUAUUUAGUGAUUUCCAGUGGGCUUUUAUUCAGUUAAAACAAACAGUAAUAAGAAAAAUCUCAUUCCAGAUUGUACCAUUUAUCUUUAAUGUUUUACUCAUCUGACAACCUUAAACUGGGAGGAAAAGUAAAAUAAACCUGCCCCCCGGGCCAUUUUCUGUCAGUACAGUGCCAAUUUGUAUUUGUUAGCAGCUUAGUUGCACACUUUCUUUGGAAACACCUCUUCAUCACUUUUUAAGCAAUUAUGGUUUAACUCUGGAUCCUCAGAAUUGAUGCUAAUGCAGCUUAGCUGCUAAGUCAUAGUUAUAGAAAACGGCAGGGUAAACCCUUUCACUGGAUGGCAGCCGAUUGCAGAAUAUGGACAAUGUACGGGCAGAAAAGAAAAUCUAUAUGUUCAGCUAGGAGUAGGCAUUAUAAAUUUGAGAUGAUUAACCUAUGCCAUGUCAGAAGGUGUGAAAAGUUCUUGCCCCAAUGACACUGAACUGAGCUGCUCCGGGCGAGAAUAGAACCUUCCAUUUCCUGUUCACUCGCAAACAGUAGAGGUGCAGGAAUGUCUGUACUCGCGAGUGUAUGUGAAGCCCGCGGGGUAUGCCUGUACACCUCUUCCAGACAAGGGAAUAGACAAAUCUCAUCAUCAAUGAUGAAUUACUGGAUUAUAUCAAACGCAGCUAGAGCUCCCCACAGAGAAGUACUUGAUUCAGUGUUUUUGUCUAUGAGAAUAUUGGCCAAGUGCACAUGCAUGUGUCCUAUGUUCGCAAUGCUUCUCAUGCUUUCUUUUUUUUUUUCUUUUUUUUUUAUUCCCACCAGGUUUUUUCAUUUCAAAAACAAGUAACCUUCAAUCUAAAGAUAGGAUGGAACAGGUGGCUGAUGUUAAAAAUAAAUGUAAUUAUUUUUAAUAUUAGGGUGUUCCUUUAAUUAUCUUUUUUUUUUUUCUUUUCUUUUUUUUAAUGUUGACUUAAUAAUGUUCUUGUGUGCAAUGCUAUUGUGUGCUUGUGGGGUGCAGUCUGUGUGCAUACACACUGUGAACUUUCCCCAUAUUGACAAACAAUGCCUUGACUUACUGCUCCAUGUACAGUUGCUUGAAGGGUAGGUUAUUCAAACAAUUUUUAUCUUUGUGUUAUUUUUGUUUUUCUUUAUAGCGCCCCCCACUUAUUACUUUAGAAAUCCUGAAAUAUAAAGUUAAAGAAACACUAUGGUUUUAACACCAUUGUGUUCCUGACCCUAAUUUCUAGCCCCACUGGAUCCCUUUUAACCCCAUAAAUAUAGCAAAAUCUUACUUUUAUUCCUGUCUGCUGCUGGCUCUUCCCCUGAUUAGCCUACUUGGCUGACAUCAUCAGAAGUUGUAUUCUAAGCCAAUCACAAAGCUUUCACAUAGAAAAUCAUUGAAUUGUCUGAGACUGUCGAGGAAGCAGAUCAGGGGCAGAGUCAGCACAAGCCAAACACAGCCAUGGCCAAUCAACAUCUCCUCAUAGAGAUGCAUGUAAUCAAUGCAUCUCUAUGAGGGAAGCUCAGUGUCUCCAUGCAGAGGGUGGAAACUCUGUCCGUCAUUGCUGCACACUGUGCGGCACAGACCCAUGAAGCACCUCUAGUAGGACUCUGAGGAGUGGCCAGUGGAGGUAUCCUUGGGCUGUAAUGUAAAUACUGCAUUUUCUCUGAAAAGAUCGUGUUUAUUGCAAAAAGCCCGAAGGGAAUGGUUUUACUCACCAGAACAAAUUCAAUAAGCUGUAGUUGUUCUGGUGACUAUAGUGUCCCUUUAAAACUUACAUGGAAUCCAAUGUUGUGCAAAGAUCUUACAUGCCCUGUCUGUUGUCACAUUGCGUCACUCACUUUCUCUCCGUGACCCAAUCAAAUGCUUCAGUGAUUGAAACGUUCUCACCUGUUCAGAGCAUGUGUGCGCUCUGAGCCAGGAGGGUGGGACGUGACUAGGGGAAAAUUAUGGACAAAUAUGAAGAAAUGCAGAAAUGGGAAGGGUCUUACAAAAAGUAUGGGGAGAUUCUCCCUGCGCUGUCUGCAAGUGUAGAAUCUCAGUAAGUCUGUUGCCAGCGCGCUGAUGACAGACUUAUUUUUGUGUACAAAACAAACAUUAAGCAAUCCAGAACAGAGUUCCAGGCUGCCUAAGUCACGUGUCAGCGGGUGUAACCAGCCCCCUGGCACCAAAGUCCAGAUAUUUCUGUAUGUGUAGUGUUUCAAGCUAAAAAAGCACUGAUUAUACAGAUUCCUACCACUAUGACCACUUUUAAAAGCAGAAGUGGUCAUGGCUGUUGGAGUAACCCUUUAAUGUUUGUGGAAUGUUACCAUUCCAGUCUAACCAAUACUAUCCAGAGCAGUACUUCCACAAUAAUUUGCAAGGAUCACCUGCUUGAAUGUCAGCUAUGCUAUAUAAUUAAUAAUGGUAUGAUGGUGAUCUGAACAGAAUAACUGAUUCUAAAUUUAGAGACUCUAUUCACUCAAACUGAAUAUCACCCUAAGGUCCCUUUUUGUUUGAAAUAUGCCCUUAUCUGAUCCAGUUUCACAAGCUCCUUUUGUCAGGAUUACAGCAUGAUCCAGCACGUAGAACUGUGUAACACAGGAGACCAAUAGGUAACCUUAGAAUGGCCGGACUCGCGUACCAAAGAAUAGUCAGGAAUAGCCGAGGUCAGGGGACACAGAAAGGGACAAAAUGAUAAAAGAAAGCCAGAGGUCAGGGAUGCCAGAAAACAGGGAAGUCAAAAUCAAUGCCAAAGUCAAAUAACCAGAAUAAGGAACGCGCUCUCGGACAACCACUAGGGAAACCACAACUGGGCAAUGAGGACAGGUAUUUUUUGGUUUAAAUACCUGCUUUACUUUUCUGAUUGGCUGAAAUCGCUCUUUGACCCCAAAACAUGUGCACGGCGUGUGACGUCACAUGCACGCCGGCGUAGUCAAUCACGUGAGCGGACGUGGGGGUAUAUUUUGCCGUGGAUCCGCAGCAGCCGAUGUCCAUUAACAUGCCGCAAGUGUCAGACAUGGAGGUACACGGCCGCUGACUGCAAGAUGAGGAAGGAUAUGUUACACCUUUACAUUACAAGAGGCAAUUUUUUCUUAUUCCUCCUGUAAUAUAUUAUAACCAAAGGAAAUUUGUAAAGAAAAAUUAGAAAACAAAAUCUCACCUACAGCCGCAGCACUCCUAAAAUAUGUUGGCAUCCAAAAAUAUUAUCCAGAGUAGUUCCAGGUUGCCAAAGUCACAUGUGCUGGGGGUGUAAAUGGCUUCUGGCACAAAAGUGCAGAUUUCUCAGUAUGUACAGUGUUUCACAGAUGCAUAUGUAAAGCCAAAGUUGCACAAAAACACACAGGCACGCACAGACCUGCACACACAUAGACAUGCACUGAUGCACACAAACACCUACUGUACAAAAUAAGUUUACGGGUUCCGGUGUUGUGGUUGCGGUGGACAUGAACUACUAAGCAGCUCAGUGAUAGAUGUGUUAGAGGUACAGGUGUAUAUAUUAGUACUUAUUAUUAUUAUUAUUAUUAUUAUCGCCAAUUUGUAUAGCGCCAACAGAUUCCGUACCGCUUUACAAUAUUAAACAGUGACACUAGAAUGCGCUUCAAAUCUUGCUAGUAUAUUGCUCUAUCCCCACAUGAUGCUCACAGAGCAGACUGUGAGAGGCAACACAGAAUUAAUGAUAUUGGGCUGCCUGUGGGGGAUACUUAGAUCCAGUACUAAAGAGCUCCACAUUUGGGGUUGGCAUAAAUGCUUGAGCUUGUGUAAGAAAUUAUUUGCCUUGGGGUAUUUAGUCAGUGGCAAAAAGUAAAGGAUUUUCACUUUUUUUUUUUUUUUUUACAGUUAAUUACAUUUAAUGAAACUAGUUAUUUUUAUUAAUGGUGUAUAUUUAUUUUAAAAAAUCAAUAAAUACAUUUUAAAUGGCAGUUUAUUUAAUCUGGCUGAGAGGCCAUGUUGGAUCAGACUCUAUUUACGGUUGUCUGCUGCUGUGAUGGGUCUGGAUGACUAAGUGCCCAUUGCAGUGCAUAGUAUGUGUUGCUGGCAUGUUAGGAAUCGGAUAUACUCGCAAAACUGGCAUUGUAUAACCCCCAAAAUGGUCACUGAAGUUUACUUUGCACUAGAAAAUAAUUUUAACACCUGUAGGAAUCGGACCUACGUGUGUCAUUUGGACAAAGUACUUAUUUGAGAUAGUAGUUUAAAUUAGGAAAUUGCUAUGAUUAAAAGGGACACAGUAGGUACCCGGAUCGCUUCAUCUCAAUGUCCCUGUUGUUUCAGCCCUGCAAGUAAAAACGACCUUCAUUGCAAAUGCCUCCAGUUGUUGUCACUCUGGCAGCCACUAGAGGCACUCCUGCCGAAAUAGUAAAACUCCGCUAUUUCAAUCAGAUCUCUCUAUGAGACCAUCUAAAUGGCACAGCAAGUUGUUUUGCUGCGCAUGCGCACUAGCCUUCCACUGCUCUCCUAUGGAUUGAUGAUCUCAGCCAAGGAGGCAUGCCAGCAGGAUAGAGACCUGUGCAGUGAGCCCUGAAAGUAUAUAGCAAACUAUCAUACACGUUUGUGUUCCUUUAAUUGUUAAUUUAUAGCUAAUGACAGUCAGCGAGUGUUUGUUUGUUUAUUUUAUUUGUUUGUAGUCCUUUUUACAUGCUUUUUUUUGUAUCAUUUCAUUCUACAAGUGUAUUUUUUUUUUUUAAAUUUUUUUUUUGAGGUUUUGCAAGGCAGCUUUACUGAGUUGAUAGUUGUUGGUGUUUUUUCAGACUGUAAUCUCCGAGCAGCUUUCAGUCUUCAGGCACUAGGGGAAAGGUUACUAUAGGACGUUACUCUCUGCCAUUGGUAGCUGAGAGGCCUGAAAUAGACUGCUGAAUGCCUUCAGUGCUAGAUCAACAUGGUAUGGCAUCUCUUCCAGCAACAAAUGGGUUAAUAUGCAAAGCAAGUCAAUAAGAGCGUGACUCUUCCCACCGCAAAUCCACCAUCCAUAUACUGUAGUUCCGGAACUGCAACUUAAUCCUAAAAUUCUAAUUUUAUUAAAGACCCGGAGGCUCCUAUUAUGCUGCUCUCUUUCUUUAUUACCCUCAGCAGCAAAGAAUACAUUAUUGAAGAAAAAUAAACAUUUGAACUAGGUAUAACAUCAUAGUGACAAUGUCCGCCUAGUAACAUGGCCAUCCAAUCAGUGUCGUCCUUCUCCUAUAGUAGGCGGAGCAUUGAUGACCACUUCCUCUUUCUUUGCUGCUACCCUCAGAUAAGUACACCUCUCACAGUUCUCUCACUGUGGGAUCCUUUAAUGUUACUUCUAUUCAAUAUGCUAUUGUACUUCAUUGUAUUUAAUUGUUCUUUCUAUUAACCUACAUUCAUGGGUACCUUUUACUGGUACUGACUGCAUUGCACCUUUAACUAAUCUUUCAAAGUAUAAGUGUAGUAUACUUAACAACCUGCACAUCUUCCUAUACCCUACACUGUCAUGGCUUGACCCCCCUUAUUCUAUCUGCCCUGAUAUUCAGGGACUUGGCCGGUCUGUGGGUUUGUCCCAGGUAUCACUUUAAUUUCGCCGGCAUCUGGCCCGUCCGCGCAUGCGCGCCCAGUCAGAACGCUAUCUUAAGCUCCAGCUGUAGGUCGCGGUCGGAUUUAAUUCUGACCGCGCAUCCAGCCGCACUACACCCCUCCCUCCCCGUGCGGCGGUGUAGCAACGUUACCUUACCGCCGAACACUGGCAUUCUCUUAUACUUUCGCUUCGUUGGCCGCGGCGGCCAUCUUUUUGGUUCCCGUCGGCGCGGCGGCCAUUUUCUUCCAACAUUUUCCCGCCCUUUUACUCUGGAACGCCCACUCCGUCCCUUGAUCGGAGUUGGUGUCCAGUAUUAGUGGCGGACGGUUCCCUUUUCUCCUGCUCCCCUCCAUUAUUUUGAUAAAUAGCUGUAAGUGAUUUUCCUGAUUUAACUUACUGCUUAUUGUGUUCUGGUUAUUUUCAGCUGGGUUACUUAACCCUGCUCUACAACUCUUACUAUUAAAUUCAAAUAACACCUGCACUGUCAGUUACAUUGAUUGCCAGUUAUUACUUUGUUUAAAUCCUGCCUGUCAGUUACACUGCACUAAUGCAAUCUGCUAAUGAUUUACCUGGUCCCUCAGGGACAACAACUGACCCCCAAACAGCAUUGGGUUUUCCCCCUAUAGUUUCUGGGGAUGACCUGGAUUUCCCAGCAUCAGAGGAUAUUCAGGCUAUCAUGGAUACUACUGUGUCCAAGUCUGUCUCUAAAGCCCUGGCAUCUGCCAUGGACAUUAUGUCUUCAUCUAUUUCAAAAUCUUUUACCCAGGCACUAAGGCAGGCCCAACGCAUGGUCCCUCCGACCGCUAUGCCAGUCGCGAUACCAUCUAUUUCCAACCCUUCACGCCCCGGCCGCAAAGCCUCGGCAAAAACCAAGCACUCCUCCAAGUUAACGAUGGACAGAAAAACACCUGUCACAGAUGGCGCGAAUACUAACCCACCGCGCAAAAGAGCCUCUAGCCGGGCAAAAGCGGCUAGGCAUUGGAAGUGGGCUAAAGCCCAACCUGAUUCCACUGAGUCAGAACUCAGUUCAGAUGAGGAGAGUGCCCCAGCCCUAGACUCAGAUCAGUCUAACGAUUUGUCCGACCUAGAUUCGGAAUAUGACAUUGAUGAGGUGUGUGAUCCCUCUACUGAGAUAAAUACCGCAAGCUCAGAAUUGAUUAAACAGGGAAAAAUCCUUGACCCGCAGGGCGAACCACUGUUUGAGCCGGAUGACUUACGUCACCCCCGCUCUGCAGAAUGGUCACCAGCUGAGCAUGUGGCACAAUAUGUCGCCUCACGGGUCCGUAAGCCUCUGGACAAGGCAACACGUAAUAAACUGAGGGCUGAAUGCCCACGCCCCACCGUACCAGACGAGGUCUGUAAGACACCCCAAGUCGAUCCCAAGAUCAUACAAUUUUUAAGCAAGACGGGUUGGAAACCUAAGAAAGGUCUAGACUUUUCGCUUUAUAAUUGUCAAGACAAAGUCUUGGAUAUCUUAGGUCCAGCGACCCAAAUUUUCGAAGCCGUGGAGAAAUCCUUGGCACAAGAUGACGCCUUAGAUCGCCUCACUAUUAGAGGUUGGAUUCAGAGGGUGAUAUGCCUCAUAGGCAAUGCCAAUACCGCUCUGGCUACAGAGCGCCGUAAAUCUAUUCUCAUUAAAAUAGAACCAAAGCUUGUAAAUAUGGCAAUUACUGAGCCAGGGGCCCUAGCAAAAGGGUACCUUUUUGGAGAAUCUUUUGUAAAAGACCUGGGAUCUUAUGUCCAAACAUUCACGGCCUUAGACAAGGCACAAUCAAAUCUAAAAAGGGUGUUCCACCCAAAGGUUUUUGGUGGGGCCGGCAGAGCAAGGGGCCGUCUGUCCGGCAGAGUCAACAGAGGCUCGCGCCCGAGCCGAGGCUCCUAUGUUGGGAGAACCCCCUUUAUUGACCAAAGGUCCGCUCCGACCUUUUUUCCACAACGAGGCAGACCAUGGGUGUCGAGAGGUACUCGAGGCGCUCCUUCCGGAAGACGUCCUUACGGUAAGCUACCUUUCUCAAUUUCAAACACAAGUGGCGAUUGGGGGCAGACUCACACAUUUUUCCCAUGUCUGGGCUCUCAUUACCUCAGAUGCCUGGAUACUCAGGGCUGUCCACGGGUACCUAAUAGACUUUAUAUCCCUUCCAACCCAACGCUCCCCACCCAGGGAGAUUGCUUUUUCCCCUCUAGACACGACCCUCGUCUCCGAGGAGGUCCGAGACUUGGCUCUCAAAGGAGCUAUUCAAGAAAUCCCGAUGCAUACCCCGGGUUUUGUGAGCAACCUAUUUAUUGUCCCAAAGAAGGGGGGCGGGUCCCGCCCAGUUAUCAAUCUCAAACACCUAAAUACCUACGUAAAUUACCAUCACUUCAAGAUGGAAGGCAUUCACUGCCUGCGAGAUUUGCUCCAACCAGCCGACUGGAUGGUCAAACUCGAUCUAAGAGACGCGUACCUCACGGUACCCAUUGCACAGACGCACCAAGAUUUCCUGCAAUUCACGUGGCAAGGAAGGAAAUGGCGGUUCCGCUGCCUUCCCUUCGGUCUGUCUUCCGCACCUUGGUGCUUCACCAAGCUAAUGAAGCCCGUGAUUGCUCUCCUACGCAGUCGAGGGAUACGCCUAAUCAUAUAUUUAGACGACAUCCUACUGCUAUCCCAGUCAGUCUCACUGCUCCAUAUGCACCUCGGUUGGACCACAACCUUGUUGCAGAAUUUGGGAUUCAUCAUAAAUUGGGAAAAGUCCACCCUAGCCCCCACUCAACAAAUAGAAUUCCUAGGUCUCUUGGUGGACUCAGUUAUGCAAACCUUGUAUUUACCAACAUCCAAAAUGAAAAAUAUCAAGAAAGAGAUAAGACGAGUUCUUACCUGUCCACAUAUAUCUCUCAAACAUCUGGCCCGCGUGAUCGGGCUCCUAGCAGCCUCCAUACAGGCCAUAUUCCCGGGUCCCCUUCAUUACAGAGCCCUCCAACGCCUACAGGCGUCAUACCUGAGAGACGGCGCCUCAUACGAGGAUACUCUGACUCUAAACGCAGAGGCGAAAGAAGAACUCCGCUGGUGGCUCAUACACAUGGAGGCGUGGAAUGGCAAAGCCAUCUUCGGCUCGGCCCCAGAUGUAGUAAUAGAGUCGGACGCGAGCUCUUAUGGUUGGGGUGCGCGCUGCGGAGAUAUUUCCACAGGCGGACGCUGGUCGGAGGCGGAGUCAACACUGCAUAUAAAUUGCCUGGAACUCCUUGCAGGGUCCUUUGCAAUUCGCAGCCUCUCCCCGACACUGUCCCAAUGCUCAAUCUUACUGAAGAUGGACAACGUAUCGGCUAUCCGGUAUAUCAACCACCUCGGUGGCACGAGAUCCAAAAUCCUGGCGAAUUUGGCGAGGGACUUUUGGCAGUUUUGUCUGCAACACAACAUGGCCGUCAGGGCAGAAUUCUUACCCGGGUUAUCCAACACUACGGCGGAUUGGUACUCCCGCCAUCUACGGGAUUCCAGCGAUUGGCACCUCGAUCCCCAAGUCUUCCAGCACAUUUGGGAUCUGUGGGGUCCUCUGGCAAUAGACUUGUUUGCCUCCCGUUUGAACACCCAACUUCCGACCUUCUUCAGUUGGAGGCCAGACCCCAAGGCUUCGGCUACGAAUGCUUUCUCCCAAGACUGGUCAACCACCAGGAACUAUGCUUUCCCUCCUUUCGCCCUCAUUCCUCGGUGUCUUCUCCACCUACGGCGCCAAUUGGGCUGCUUGGUGAUAAUAACCCCGUUAUGGCCGUCGCAGCCCUGGUUCCCUCCUCUUCUGGAGAUGGCCAUAGAUCGCCCGCGGCUCCUCCCGGAUGCCCAAUCUCUACUACGAGACCCGGAUGCGAACCCCCACCCCAUGAUCCGUCAGGGGCUCCUCCGCCUCAUGGCGUGGCUGGUUUCCGGGGACCCUGGUCGAUCGAGGGAGUUUCGCAAUCGACUCUCCGACUUCUCGAGGGCUCAUGGGCACCCGGCACGAAGCAGUCUUACAAGUCUGCUUGGCGCACAUGGGAUGGUUGGUGCAUGGCACGGGGUUUGGAUCCCCUAUCAACUCCUGUGACAACAGUCCUGCAAUUCUUAACAUCCCUUUAUGACGACGGGAAGGCUUACAGGACAGUAAACCUCUUCCGUUCGGCCAUAUCGGCCGGCCAUACCGGCAUUGAUGGGGCCCCGAUAGGACGACACCCAAUUGUCUGUCGUCUUCUCCGAGGCAUUCGCUUUGCAAGGCCACCCCAACCUCGCUAUUCCUCCCUGUGGGACGUCUCCCUAAUAUUGAAUUUCUUGACACGAUGGCCAGACAACGACUCUUUAUCCUUGAAACAACUAUCCGCUAAACUAGUUAUGCUCUUAUGCCUAAUCUCCUGCAAGAGAGUGUCAGAUGUUAGAGCACUCGAUGUCAAUGCCCGAUCCUUCUCUCCAGAAGGAGUGGUCUUUGACAUCUCACGGAGGACGAAAUCGUCAUCUCGGACGGUCCUGUACCCGGAGUUUCAUGCGAAGCCACUCCUUUGCCCGGUAGCAUGCCUUCGGGCGUACGAAGCCCGUACCGCACCCCUUCGGACUGGGUCAGACCACCAACUCUUCAUCUCCUUCCGUAAACCGCAUGCUCCGGUUUCCUCUCCAACCUUGGCCCGCUGGGUGAAAUGGCUCAUGUCUUUGGCAGGUAUUGACACCUCCAUUUUCUCUCCCCAUUCGGUUCGCGGUGCCAUGGCCUCUAAAGCCUCCUUUGCUGGUUGUCGUUUAGAGGAUAUAUUGAAGGCGGCUGAUUGGUCUGCGGAAUCUACCUUCCGUAAUUUCUAUUUCAAACCAAUCCAACAUUUUGCAGAAGCCGUGAUAUCACAGCUUUAAAAUAGCAUAAUAGGAGCCUCCGGGUCUUUAAUAAAAUUCGAGGAUUUUACAAUUAUCAUGACGGAAAGUCAUGAUUUUAUUAAAGACACGGAGGCGAGUAUUAUCCCACCCACCCGCCCUUGGACAGCUUGGAUGUGGGGCAAGGUAAGUUACAGACCUCUCCAUGGUAAGUUCAAUCUUGGUGAUAUUGAGGCCAUCACAGGCGUUAGGACAUUAUCUAAUUUGAGACUCAUUGCCACAAGUGUCCUCAGAUCAGUAGUCCCUCUUACUACAUCUAUGAAUUAUUGCCACUGUUUAGUCAAAUGUGUGGACCUCUAUGUAUGAAAACCCAUCAGUCCAAGACAUUACCAUAUUUUCUUGUCUCUUCUAGCAUGACUGGGUUGAAGGAGCUCUUGGAGUCUCAUACCUUGUUCUGGCUCGUUGGUUUAUCUGGUUUCCUGUUCCGAGUUUUGAGUUUAUUCUUCGGGAUACGCAAGAAAGAAAGAGGAAGUGGUCAUCAAUGCUCCGCCUACUAUAGGAGAAGGACGACACUGAUUGGAUGGCCAUGUUACUAGGCGGACAUUGUCACUAUGAUGUUAUACCUAGUUCAAAUGUUUAUUUUUCUUCAAUAAUGUAUUCUUUGCUGCUGAGGGUAAUAAAGAAAGAGAGCAGCAUAAUACUCGCCUCCGUGUCUUUAAUAAAAUCAUGACUUUCCGUCAUGAUAAUUGUAAAAUCCUCGAAUUAUUUCUUAAACUAAUGCCUACGUCUGGGUUGAGCUGCUUUCUGGUUUCUAAGUCAUAGAAAGGAAGUAGCUUGCUUAUCGAGCAAAGAUUACAUUAAAGAAACAGUAACGGCUUAAAAACAUAACUUCUUUAAUGGGUCAUUUUAAGAAUAAUUAUUAUAGUUUUGAUUCCUAUAAGUUGUGUUCAGUGGGAUCUAAGAGAGCAGAAUAUUUUGUACUAAAUAUAUAUACACAACAUAGCGGCUAUUUUGUGCUAAUACUUGUUUUUCCCCCAGUUUUUACAUGGGGGCAGGGGGGGGGGGAAUAUUUGCAGUAGUUUAGAAACUCAAAGAUUCUUUUUUUCUGGAGGCGGGAGGGUGGUAAGCCUAAAAUAAGAUUUAUUGAGAGCAUCUAGGCAUGUCAAACAAUUUCUAAAUAUUAUAUUAAUAAAUAUAAUGCCGAAUUAUAUUGGGGAGGUCGGGGGGGAUUUUUAUUUUUUUUAAAUGUUCUAGCUAGUGCUAUCAUUAUCAGAGAAGUAACUGUUCUUUUUUCACUACCGGGAACCUUUUACUUUGAAUGUGACUGUGGACUCAGUUCGGGGCAUCAGAACAAAUUUUGAUGUGAGUGAUUUCUUCUACAAGAACGAAUAGGCGUUAUUGUCUGUAGAGACAUUCCUGGUCCAUUUGAGAAAAGAAAAACUGCAAAGUUCUGUCAACUGUAAGCAGAAUUGCAAUGGCCUUUCUUCUGCUAAAAAUAUCAUGAUCACGUUGAAACUCUUACUUGCAGAUUCAGUAGCCGUUUCCACUUUCAGUGAUCGCACUGGUCUGUAAGGGAAAACCACUGUGACUCAAUAAUUUAUUAAAUAUUUUUGGCACAAGACUAUAAAAAGCUCUUAAAGGAACACUUCAAACCUAUAAAGCACUCCCGCUAACAGAUAUUCACUAAACCUGUACUUAAGACUUGCAUCCCAAUGUUGGGAGGUAAAGGUUUGGAGACGUGGCUCCAGUGAGAGAUUUGUCAACUAUAAGCCUUUUCCCAAUCCUGAUCAUGAGUAGCACACUGUAACAGCACAUGAAUAUGCAAUGAGUUCUGUUAUGUUUGGCAGGAUUGAGCAUUCUCUGUGAAGUGUUUGGGCACACAACUUUUAGCUUACCUAGAGAAGGUAACCUCAAACAAACAGCCCAAAACAACUCGAGCUGGCAGGUAUCCAUAUGUAUCACCUUCUUCCAGUGGUUGGUUAAAUCUGACUUUACAUUAUUCACUCUGUGAAAGCCUUGCUUACUUUUUAUCCCUACCCUUUAUGUUGACUGAAAAACCUGUGUUUUUCAAGCCCCAUCUGUUGUCACACCACAUCACUGCUUCCCUCUCAGAGGUCCACUUGAAUGCUUUUCAUAGAGAAGCAUUGGUUUGGACUGAUCUCUAGGCUCAGAGUGCAUGCCUGCGCUCUGAGCCGAGGAGGGGAGGGUUGGAGUGUUAGGUGGACAAGGGGUGGAUAUUUAAAAUAAAUAAAUAAAAAUACAGCCAAUGUAGGGAGACUGGGAGGGAAUGGUAGAUGGAAGGAGAGGACUUCUUGCAGGCAUGCUAAUCCAUCUUCAGGGUAGAGUGCGUGCUGACGAGAGACUUCAUUUGUGCACAGAAUUAACAGUAGGCAGCAUAGAACAGAGUCCCAUGUCCUGGGGAGUGUAACCAGACCACUCCACAAAAAGUUCAGAUUGUUCUGUAUAAGCAGCGAUUCAAGCCAAAGUGGUCAUGAUGUUUGGAAUAAUGAAAAUGAAUCUGGAAAUAAAGAUGUUUCCGUGAAUCAACAGGUCAAUUAGAAAAAAAAUGUGUGGAGUGUUUUUACUUUUUUCUUUUAUUACCACCUCGUAUCUUCUCAAUGCCUUCAUUCUACCUCUGUUGAAAUAAGUAAAGUACUGUGAGUUCAUUUAUUGUUUUGUAAGAGAAAUAUGCAUGAAAUAUGAGGAACUGUAAAGGCAUUUCACUAAAACAGACCAUGGCAUUUAUGGUUUAUGCUAAUGAGCUGCUAAGACAGAUGAAAUAAUUAACCUAUUAGUCACUCUUUGUCACGUUGUAUAAAGUCAAGUGACCUCCUUGUUCUUUAGUAACCUUGUUAAAUUGUGAUGACUGAGCUUAUACCCAUGACCUAUAUAUGUAUGUGUGUAUAUAUAUAUAUUAUUGUACAUACAUAACACACCAUGUUCCACUAUCAUAUCAUCAUCAUGGAGAGAGUUUAGGUCAGACCCCUGGGGAGUCAUCUUUGCAUUUGCCGUAGAGGGCCGGGAGGAAAAAAGACAGACUUUUGUUCUUUGUCCUGUCCUAUCUGUGGUGAGUGGAGAGAACUAACCCAACUGUAUAUAUGCUGUCAUGGUUAGCAAACCGUGCUCCUCCCUUCAUAGUAAGACAUGCGGAAACACGUUUCUCUGCAGCUAUUAUAGGGGAACAGAGGUACCACGCGUACCUGACCUAGAAAGUGAUAGCCUAAUGGUAGUAUAGAAGGUCAAUAAUCAUACAAUAGAGAAUCGUAGCGGUGAAAAUAUCUUGCAAAAAACCCUAGCACUAACAUGUUUGACUCAAGUAAUUUAGUUAAGGAACACUAUUGUGUCAAGAAUUGUAACCGAACAUGAUUGCCUCCAGUUAAAAAGUUGAUUUACUUACCUUUUUCCAGCUCAAUGCUGGUUCAGUCGCGUUUGGUCCUGCCCAUGCUCUACCCCCCUUGCCUGCGAUCAUCAAGUUUGAUGUUCUCAGCCAAUCCAAUGCUUUUCAAUAGGAAAGCAUUGUAAGACAAUCGAACAUGCGCGACAAACCGCCAUUGUGUGCCAGUCAGCAUGUCCUCCUAGAGAUGCAUUGACUAAGUGCAUAUCUAUAGGUAAAGUUCAGCACCAUGCACCAAAACUGCUUCAUUAAAGUUGUCAAAAUUAAGUUGUUAUGGUGCCAGAUGACCCCCGGAUGUACUCUUACAUUAGGGGAUUAAACCGUUGUUGAAUGGUUUAACCCCAAAAGUUGCCUGCAGCGCCGAUUUCCAGGUCCCCCAGGCGGCAUCAGACUUCAGAAUCUGAGUUACAGGAAGCGCCUGGGCAUAUGCGCCACAGAUUGGCUAGAGUGGUCAGCUGACUCUUUAAGCCAAUCAGCUAACCAUUCAUUAAAAAAAAAAAAAAAAUGUACAUAAAGGUAAGAGGGAGACCUGAAACUGAGGAGAGGCACCUGGGGACUCCAGGCAUCAUAACCACUACAGUGCAUUGAGCACAGAUCUUCAGAUUCCUUUGAAUCUCUUAUCAUGAGUCAUGUUUUGGAGCAUUCAGAAGAUUCACUUUUGGAAAGAAUAUCCAGCAGCACACCUACAGGUCAGACUUGACCUAUAUAAUGAGUGUAAUUAUUGAUAUGACAUUAAACUCCAAAUGUUAUAUUAAAGGGACACUAUAGUCACCUGAACAACUUUAGCUUAAAGGGACACUAUAGUCACCUGAACAACUUUAGCUUAAUGAAGCAGUUUUGGUGUAUAGAACAUGCCCCUGCAGCCUCACUGCUCAAUCCUCUGCCAUUUAGGAGUUAAAUCCCUUUGUUUAUGAACCCUAGUCACACCUCCCUGCAUGUGACUUGCACAGCCUUCCAUAAACACUUCCUGUAAAGAGAGCCCUAUUUAGGCUUUCUUUAUUGUAAGUUCUGUUUAAUUAAGAUUUUCUUAUCCUCUGCUAUGUUAAUAGCUUGCUAGACCCUGCAAGAGCCUCCUGUAUGUGAUUAAUGUUCAAUUUAGAGAUUGAGAUACAAUUAUUUAAGGUAAAUUACAUCUGUUUGAAAGUGAAACCUGUUUUUUUUUUUCCAUGUGAAAUUGCAGGGGAAUGAUCUAUACACUAAAACUGCUUUAUUUAGCUAAAGUAAUUUAGGUGACCAUAGUGUUCCUUUAAGAUUACUUGUUAAUUUGCUCAUUUGGAAUCACACUUUUCUGCUUAUGUUGACCAGUCUUGUUUCCCAUUUUCUUUUGUUAGAUUAUGUUACUUAUUGUCUUAUUGAACUUUCCCAUUCUUAUUCCUUCAAUAGGUGGAGAUGAGCCUCCUGAAGCAGUGCUACAAUGACUUGUCCUCUCAGAUUAACCUUAUCCUGAUCGAGAGGCUUUGGUAUGUGAUGCUUGAGCAGUUUCUCAUGAAGUACGUCUGGAGUGCAUCUGGACUGGUUAUGGUAGCAGUACCAAUUAUAACGGCCACCGGCUACUCUGAGAGUGGUAAGUAGGGGGGACUACAGUAAGUAACAUUACUUAGAAAGUCUUCCUUAUAGAGGAAUCCAAAAAUGCUUGGGAUGCCCAUAAGGCCAUCCAGAAGAAGAGUAAAAAAAAGUCAAUGUCGAGUCUCAAAAUUGGCCACACAUUACCUUCCAUUGUAGUCAUUUUCUUUUGUUUACAGGUUUCAGAUAAAGGUAUUUAAAGCGGAACUGUCACUUCCCCAUAUUUUAAUAUUAUGUUGGCUUAUCCCUCGCAGAUUUAUUUGUGAGCUGUGAAUAAUAAAAUUAAUUGUAGAAAUCUCCACCUGUUUAUCCUGCAACCGGAUCUGUCUUUGCUCUGUCCUUUGUCCCGUGCAGUCCGCAUAGGGCAAGCAUACAGAGAAGAGGAGAAAUUAAACAAUGAUUCUGUUUCUCCUCCACGUUAGCAAUGUUUGCCUUGGGAUUGCCUUGUAUGAACUGGAUUUCUAUAUAACUUGUUAUAUCUUUAAUAUGAAACCAUCUCAUGAAAAAAGUUUAACAAAAGUUAUUAAUGAUGUUCUAUAUUCUAUUUAGUGGUGUGAAUUUUAGAGAAGUAACAGUUCCCCUUUAAUGCAGAAACAGUGGGUAUUCCUGAUUCACUUUGGAAGCAAAAUAGAAAUGAAUACAUUGACGAGUAAAGGGCUCGUUGUCCUGUGUUCAGUAACUGUAAAGCCAAAAUAGUGGUAAUGUUACUGUGAGGUCGGCCGAUAACCAGACCAUUAAUUCAGCCUUGUAGCCUCACUAUGUCCCUCGCCGGUUGUGUCUCUUUAAAAGAUUCUGCGGAGGUAAAGAAAGCUGCCAUGGAGAUGAAGGAGGAGGAGCUGGUAAGCGAACGAGCAGAGGCCUUCACCACAGCGAGGAACCUCCUGACAGCUGCGGCCGACGCCAUCGAGAGAGUAAUGUCAUCUUAUAAAGAGGUCAGUUGUUUUAAAAUAUGUAUAUAUCUCCUUUCAUUGAUCAGGAACAUAUCAUGGGUUGACUUGAUCGGGAGUUAUACCGUACAUGCUGGAUGAUAAAAACAUAUACUGGUAUUAUAGGAUGGGAUGAGUAGGUUAUUAAAGUGAUUUUACGUACACCCUAACCUUUACAGCUCAUUGUAGUGGUUAUAGUGUCAUAACGGUAAACACCAUCCCCUGUUUUGGAACAUGUUUUGGAAAAAGUAGGGCUCUCCCCAGCACCCAUAGCCUGCCCCUCUGCUGCCACACUGAUACUAUGGAAAUUGUACUUCUGACUUGUUAAAAAGUAUAUUUUGUUUAUUGUAAUUCAGUUGAAUAAUUAGUGAAUGCAGCCAUGAUCUUAUAUAUUCUACCAUAGAUUAUUUAUUUUGGGUCAAUCUGUGUUAAUGCAUAGAAAUGAUAAGCUCACUCAAAUGUAGAUAUCAUUUUAAGAAUAAUUCCUAAACAUGUUUCAAUACAUCAGUCACAUUUUGGUUAUUGUUUGUCUAGUAAAUAAACUCCAGGGAUGUUGUAAAGUUAUAUUGGCUUUUGGUUGCUUUAGUUGAGAAAACCUGUUCAUAAAAAAGUUUUAUUGUUCUGUAUCUUUAAUAAGACAGCACAAUAGGAUCAAUACAGAACGAUUUAUUUGCUAUUCAAUGAGUUGUGGUGAACUGACAACCAAAUAGAAGACUUUCAGCUACAAUAUUCGAUUUGGAAACAAAUCUCAAAUUCCGUUUCAGAAUUUUUACUUUUGGAAACUUGACUAGUUUAAAGCAGCACUUUUACACCAAACUUACCUUUUCCCAUUUCUUUCCUCUUCUUUACCUCUUUCCUACUCUGUCCUAGUUUUUUGUUGUUGUUUUUUUUCCAUCUAUUUGUAACUAAAAGCAAGACAAACUUACUGACAUUACUAGACAUUGAGCGGAGUUACUGCCGUCUAUAAAUGUCAAUCCCCCAUAGAAUUGGCUCUGUCUUUUGAGGAUCUUGCGGGAUCCUCCAUAGACCUCCAUUACUGUACUCUUACGCAUGCUUGAAAGUACAGCAGUGACGCCUGCUCCUGGCACUGAAAAGGGCCUGCCGGAAAAGGAUGGCGCCCACAAGGGACUGGUUCAGGUAAGUAGAACUCACCUUUCCAUGGCCACCGGAACUCCAGUGGCAAUGUCAACAUCUUGGGGGUCUUUGCAAAUUCUGCAGAGAUUCCCAGACUCCAUGUUGCUGGAAAUGCCAUUGACAAAGUUAUCCACAGAAUAUUUUCCAUGGUGAGCAGAACCAUUAUUUAAUUAAGCAUUGUCAUACCUAUACACCAUGUAAAUCAAAAGAAGGAAAAUAUUUAGGGUGGGGCACUUGCCCUUUAUUGCCCUCGGGAGAUGAAGCCCUUUGCUAAGGUUAAAAUCAUUCUGAAAUAGAAACUGCAGACUAGGAAUUACUGCUAAGUGAUGACAUCUUUCUAUUCUUAAAGUGGUCUUUUCAGAUGGUGACCUUAUUUAAAAUGGACACUGAUGUGUAAAUGUCAUAUCGUGUUAUUGGCAGGUGACCGAGCUGGCAGGCUACACCGCACGCGUUCAUGACAUGUUUGAAGUGUUUGAAGAUGUGCAGAAAGGAGUCUACAAACGCCCAGGAGAACUGGUAGAGGCUGAUCCCAAGGAUGGAGAGUUAAUCCGACAUGGCAUUCGCAUUGAGGGGCCCCUGGAGAUUAAAGGUAUAUUCCAAAAGCGCCAUGAGUGUUUUAACAAGAGAAAUGAACACUCCUGAGACUUUUUUUUUUUUUUUUUUAAACCCAUUUUAAAAGCAGCUUGCAUAAAUACUGAGCUCAUGUUCUCCACCAUGUUUUCCAGACCUCUCCAGACAAUGAAUAUCUUUUUCCUCAAAAAUUUCCCAACUUGGCACAACCAAAUAACCAACUCUAUAGACCUCUGUAGAUCCUACAUCCCGUGCCAUCUCUCCCUCCACAAUGUUACUGCCACAUUUCCCUGACAAUUAACCCCCUGACUACCCAAAAUUGAAACAUUUGCAGCUCAGACACAAUCCGUGUAGUACACAGACACAUGCCAUGCAACACACAGGCAUUUUAUACAGUUAACAGACUCUCCACAUGUUUCAAAUUUUGCAGACAAAUGAAAUUCAUUUGAUAAAGUACGGCACCAAGAUGGCAAACAACCUUUAAGAAUUCAUCUCUGCUCACCUCUGCUGGGACCCACACUGCUCUCCGUCCCCAGAUGGGUGGCCAAGAGUGCGCCCCUAAACUCUAAAAGGCCUUUGUGCUAUUGAACAUGCAGAAGUUCCACCCCUCCCCCUUAUCUAUGUUACAUUUUGUAUGCCAAUUGCUUGUUUUUACAUAUCCCCAUUCUAUAAUUGUUGAGCACUGUGGAAUAUGUUGGUGCUAUAUAGAUGCUAAUAAUAACAAUCCGUACUACUGCACUAUAAAAACGGGAAAAACGUGCAGGUCGGGUAUUGCCGAUAGUGAUCUAUUUUCUGCGUAAUUGCAAAGCCUGUAAAAUCUCCAUUUUGUUAACUUGUGAUCUCAGCAUAACGCUCUUGACCAGUAAAGUUAAGCCUGGUUUUAAAUUGAUAAUGAUUCAGAAGUCCAGAGGCAUUACCUUCAGAAAACAAAGACAUUUUUGGAUAGUGAUUGUGUUCUAAACAAGCUCUCUAUUCUGUUCAAAGUUUAGAAACCGUUUUUAAAAAAAUAAUUAAGGCCUCAUUUUAGGUAUUUUUUGUUUUAGUUUCCAGCUUUCAAGGGUUUGUUUUUAAGUUUUAUUGGAUGUGACUUUUUACUUUCAUUGAUACUUCUAUUAAUAGAAGAGUGUUCUAGAGUAACCUGGAGUUUGACAGUAAUUCACAAAGACUUUGCACACUUUCUUCCAAUAAGCCCUAUAUUUUGAUCUUUGAUCCAUUUUAUUGGCCUGAUUUUAUUAUGCAUAGUUAACAUUUUUUUUCCAAUUCUGCCUAAAAGAAGGGAAGAAUCCUACUCCAUUCCAAAUAAAAAAAAAAAUCCCUCGAAUUAACCCCCUCUCAAUUUUUAAAGAGUUACUCCAUGCACCAUGACUACUUGAGUGAGCUGAAGUGGUUAAGGUGCCUCGAGUCUCUAUGUGCAAUGUUUUGCUUUGAAACGCAGCACAUACUGGGAUUAACCACUUCGCUACUGGUGAUUUACCUCUAUCUCUAGCAGUGUCAUUAGCCAGUAUGGAACUUUGCCCUGGGCUGGCCAAUGACCCUGCUAGAGAUGGAGGUAAACCACCAGUAGCGAAGUGGUUAAUCCCAGUAUGUUCUGCGUUUCAAUGCAAAACAUUGCACAUAGAGACUCGAGGCACCUUAACCACAAUAUUGGCAUUUGACAGCCAAUGUUGGCACAGCUCUUCCAUGCUACUCUUGUCCUCUCCAUCUUACCUUACAUCCUGCCACGUCCAGUGAUGGAAUGAUGUCAGCCAAUGAAAAUCAGGCUGAGGGAGAACUUGGCCUCAUUGAGGGAAAAUAGGUAUUUUCUCCAUUUUUUUAUUUUGUUUUAGAUGAGGAAUCCUCUGGAGACAGACUUGUGCCAUGUUGUCCUUGGAUUUGUUUACAUUGCUAGGCUUUCAAGAACCCUAGUUUAUAGAGCAUUUUAAAGACUAGAGCAAUUUUUGCAAUCUGUGUUCGGGGCUAGUUUCCUUAGCACUUAUUUGUUUUUUUUAAAAAAAUGUUUAUUCUUAUUUAAUUUUUUUGUGCAGAGAUUAAUUCACUAUCUCUUUAUGACAUGUCAACAGAGGUACACAAAAUAAGAGAAAUGACAAGGAUGUAGUAGGACAUGUUGAUAGAACUGCAUAUUUUGUAGAAAUUAAAUUUAUCAUGCGGAAUGUGCUAUUUGUGUAGAUGCAUUUGCAGAAAGAAAAACGUCCAGAACACAGUUCUAUGUGGGUAAAACAAAGGGACUUGCAUGCAUGUUAAAUAAGAGAACCAUGAAUAAGUGGCAAGACAUGCAUUUGUGUAAACCACUGGGUGAAAGCAGACGGCAGAUGCAGGUAGAUUGUAGUGUGCGGCCAUGGGUGAUAUAUCCAGGUUGUAAGCUGGGAGGGUGGAGGAGUUAGCCGAUUCCUACUGGGGGUGAGUCCCCAUCUCCAUCAAGAGUUUCUCCCCAGGCAGGCAUUUUGACCCGCAGUCAGGACUUGUGCCAGCCAGCUGCAUGUCUCGCACAGCUGAUAAUACGAGUGGCAAGUCUCUAUGUGUAAGUGUGUGUGGAGAUUGUACCAUGCUAGUUAGCCCGGUUUCGGGGAGGGUUGCAGCAUGUAUAGUUGCCAGAAUAAUGAGGUGCCGACUGUCGCUGCUUUGGCGGCUUCUUGCGCCGUCUCCUCCGCAGUACCCAACCAAGGAGAUGUGGGAACGACCCUUUCAAGCUGCGUCGUCUUUUGCGGCUGCCCUUGAGGGCUACAACUCUGCUCGCAGGAGUAGAGAUGAGUCCCCUUUUAUAAAGCUUGGCCUUGGCAGAUGCGUCAAAGUGUAAGAGAAGGUGCUUCCGGCUGCAGACUGGCCAUCUUGAGAACUAGGCCUCAGUCCCCGGGUUCGGCCGUAGGCUGGAUUGUUUGUCGACAGGACUUUGCCAAUAUACCAGUGGGGUACGGGAUAUCCUCCGCCGCUCCACAGAGGGGACGGGGGAAUGGGAGCUUAAACAGGUAUGUGACAGAACAAGGCUGAGGAGCGGCCGCCUCCCUGUGUGUGGCUGCAGGAAUAUCAAGCACAGGUUUUGAGUGCCAGAUGCAGGCAGACAAGUAGCAUAUAAUCAGCAGGGUACUCCCCAGGGUGGCAUACAGGGUUUCUGCCUAUAUUUGGGAUAGUUGUGUUGAGUUUCAGACUCAAAAGGUUGAUUCCCCCGAGGAGCUCUAGCACCGUGAGACCGUCCUGGUAGGCUGUCAAGCCCCACCCCCAGCACUCAUACAGUUAAACCUCAUAAAUUUAUUUAUUUAUUUUAUGCCGUGCGUUUUUGGGUUCUUUUUUGCAUUUCCUUUGCAUCUAGUACUUCCUCAUUACAUUGUGACUAUUUUGUGUAGUAGUGCUGAUUUUCUGUAAAUAUCCAAUUUUUUCAGCCUGCUUUCACUAGUGCAAUGCUUCACAUCUGCAAGGUGUCUGUCUGUCUGUCUAUCUAUUUUGCUUCUUAUUUUGGAUGGUUUAUAAGUUCUCGAAUGGAAAUGCUCAUCACACUCCUAUCAUCACCACGAACAAAUGUAUCCACUACCAAGAUAAACAACUUGCAUAUAUAAUCGAAACAUAUAAUAUUUAAUAAGAUAUAUUUCCUUUUAACUACUUGCAUCACCACUUCUGUUUUGGGGGGGAGAGAGGUUCUGUAAAGUUGUUUGUUUGUUUGUUUUGUUUUUGUUUAAUUUUAUUACUAGAACUGGAUGGCAGUAACCACAGUCUCACUAUUUCAAUAAUUUAGCCCUUCUUUGUACAUUUUUGGAUAUCGUGGUGGCAAAGUAACUUGCUGUGAAUGGGGUUCACACACUUUUGCGACUCUUGCUAUCCAAAUGGCCUCAAAGUGGGGAUCGGAACUAGUUUACAUAAUUAUGUAUGAAAGGAGAACUUUUCCAAAUAUCAGCUGGAACUAAAGAACCAGUCUUAAACAAAAUAACCUUUACAGCCAAGUGUAGAGUUAUGGUGCUAAAAAAGUGUCUUUUAAAUGUCUAGCGUUUUCGAUACUUUAAUUUUAAUCUCAACAAGUUUAGAGUACAUCAUUCUGAGCCAGGAAGGAAAGUAGCCAGGUUCGUGCUCAUUCACCGCUUCUACAAAAGACCGAUUUGAUUGACAAACAAUGGGGAAAACUAUUCCGCCCCAUUACAUCACUAGGAAGCUGCAGUGUGAUAGUCACUAAGCUGUAGUGGUUCUGACGUUAUUAAGCUGUCCCUGAAAACGUAACUUUUAUAUCCCACUGUCACACGUUUUUGUUGCUUUUAUCUUAAUCUGCUUGUCACUUUAACCACGAUUUCUUUCCCAACAACAAUUCUUCUGAUCGGAUUUUUUAUUUUUUUUAAAUAAUCUCUAGAAAACAUUCCGGCAUGUACAUUUUUCAUUUCUACACAGAUAUCUACUCCUCUCCGUUUGUACCUUAACUAUUUGCAGUCAUUGCUUGAUACCUUAAAUAAUGGUUGGAACCAUUUGGCUGCUAUGUAGAACCUUCAUCAUCAUUAUUUAAGGGGUUAAUAUUUGUGGACUCUCAGGAAUUGGCCAAUUUCCAGAGUUCAGGGCCGGAUUAAGAGCCCAGUGGGCCUGGUGCUGACAAUUAUGAUGGGCCUAAUUACAGAAUCUUAUCAACCAAAAACACUAAAACAAUCAUACCUCCCAAGCGUCAUGUAUCUGAUGGAGAUGGUGCUGGAGGGAAACUCAUAGGAUGCAGCUAUAAGAAAACACAUACUCUAUGCUAAUCUCUCUCUAAUUUAUGCUUUCAUCUUUCAAGUAAAUACAUACCCCCUAACAGCAGUGUCCAGUGAAGCAGGAAGUCAAUGGGCGGGGUAAAAGGGUGUGCUACUGGUGCGAAUCACGUGACAAGACCUGCCAAAAGGGGUGAACAUGCCCAAAAGGGGGCAUGUUUGUCCAAAGAAUUGGAAGGUUAGCCUGGCAUGAAUGCAUGUCAGGCUGCCUCCCAAUCCUGCAGGCUGUCCAACUAAGGGCAUACUAUACAGGCAGCACCUUGAGCUUGACAUAAAUGCGUCUAAUGAUGAUGCGCUCACUCCAUUCUUUCUAAGGACUGUCCCCUAGCACUCGCUGGUCCACUUGUCUCCUUAUCUUCUUACUAGCAGGCAGAAGUUCCUGGUAUAUAGUCUGAGACAGAGAAAAGUUGUCUGUAGUGAGUGUAGAAGAAAGGGGACAUGCCACAGUGUUAGAGAGACCAACGUCUGCAUUACCUAAACUAGCCAGUGCACACAAGUUUUGUUCCCAUACAUCCCUCUUAAGCUUCCAAACUUAAAGGAACACUAUAGUCCCAGAACAACUACAGCUUAUUGUAUUUGUUCUGGUAAGUAGAAUCAUUCCAUUCAGGUAUUUGCAGUAAACACUGUCUUUUCAGAGAAAAUAACUCCACUGGCCGCUCCUUAGAUGGCUGCUAGAGGUGCUUCCUGGGGCAGUACUGCCUAGUGUGCAGCACUGCCAUUCAGUGUCUCCACCCUCUGCAUGCAGACACUGAACUUUCCUCAUAGAGAUGCAUUGAUUCAAUUUAUCUUUAUGAGGAGAUGCUGAUUGGCCAGGGCUAUGUUGGACUUGUGCUAGCUCUGCCCCUGAUCUGCCUAGUUGACAGUCUCAGCCAAUCCUAUGGGGAAGUAUUGUAAUUUGAUCAGACCACCACUUCUGAGCCAGCAGCUACAGAAUUGAAUACAAGUAAUAUUUUACUAUAUUUAGGGAGGCAAGAAGGGGCAAGGGUGGUGGUUUUAACAUAAUAGGGUCAGAAAAACAUGAUUGUGUUCCUGACCCUAUAGUGCUCCUUUAAGCAAGAGUAUGUGAAGAGUAGUUAAGGUUUCCACUUUUCUUGGAAAAAAAUACCAGCCUUAAUCAUUUGUAUAAUUAAUUAGUUAUGCGUGACAUCACAUGAUGUAAAUCACAAGGAGUGACAUCAGAGAAAAUUCUGUAAAAUCACCAACAAACUACUCACAGUUUGAUUCUGCUGUAUAGAUGGAUUGCUCCCAGUGUCUCCCUGUCUUCCAGUGUCUCAGUCUCACAAGUCACCCAGUGUUUCAGUGUCCCUAUGUAUCACAGUGUCAGUGUCCCCAUGUCACCCAGUCCCCUAGUCUCCCAGUGUCUGUGUCCCCAUUUCUCCCAGUGUCCCAAUGUCUCAGUGUGUCCCCAUGUCAUUAGGAUGCUGGGGACACUGGGAGACAUGGGGACACUGGGAGACAUGGGGACACUGGGAGAAAUGGGGACACUGAGACACUAGGGACACAGACACUGGGAGACAUGGGGACACUGAAACAUUUGUGGACACUAAGACACUAGGGACACAGACAUGGGAACACAGACACUGGGAGGGGACACUGGCUGGGAGACAGACACUUGGGGACACUGGGAGACAUGGGGACAAUUGUGGACAUAGACAUGUGGACACUGGGACAUAUAGGGACACUGGGAGACAUGGGGACACCAGGCACACUGAGACACUAGGAACACAGACACUGGGAAACAUGGAGACACUGAAACAUUUGGGAACACUAAGACACUAGGGACACAGACACUGGGAGACUAGGGGACACUGGGUGACUAGGGGACACUGGGAGACUAGGGGACACUGGGAGACUAGGGGACACUUGGGGAGACAUGGGGACAGUUGUGGACAUAGACAUGAGGACACUGGGACACAUGGGGGCACUAGGCACACUGAGAGGCAUGGGACACAGACACUGGGAGACUUGGGGACACUGAGACACUAGGGACACUGGCUGGGGGACAUAGUGUCUCCGUGUCCCAAUAUCUCCCAAUGUCCCUAUGUCUCACAGCGUCCCCAUGUGUCUCAGCAUCCCCAUGUGUCCCCUAGUGUCUGUGUCCCCAUGUUUUCCAGUGUCCCCAAGUGUCUGUGUCCCCUAGUGACAGUGUCCCCAUGUGUCCCCUAGUGUCUGUGUCCCCAUAUGUCCCCAAGUGUCUGUGUCCCCUAGUGUCUCAGUGUCCCCAUGUUUUCCAGUGUCCCCAAGUGUCUCAGUGUUCCCAGGUCUCCCAGUGUCUGUGUCCUAGUUUCUCAGUGUCCCCUAGUGUAUGUGUCAUCAUGUGUCCCCUAGUGUCUGUGUCCCCUAGUGUCUCAGUGUCCCCAUAUGCCCCCUAGUAUCUGUGUCCCCAUAUGUCCCCUAGUGUCUCAGUGUCCCCAUGUGUCCCUGCUGCCUUACCCCCCAUCCCUCACUUACCUGAGCUGUAGAGCUGCUGUCUGGACUCUCUGUGCUGUGUAGCUGCUCCCCCACGGAUCAGUGAGUAGAGAUAGGCAGGGAGGGAUAUGCUGUUACUUCCUAUCCCUGCCUCUCUCCACACACAGUGACCCCUACUGGCCGGUGCUGGUAUUGCAGAGUAAUUUCCAAUUAUUAUGAGAAAAUUACCUGCAUUUGUAUUGCCAGUAUUACUGCAAUACCGGCACGGCCAGGCAGCCUCAAAUACCGUCUGUGCCAUUAAAAUACCAGUCAGGUGGCAAACCUAAGAGUAGUGUGUAAAAAAAAAAAAAAAAUUUUUUUUUUUUUUUUUAAAUGGGCCUAUUCCAUGGGCCUGGAGCUGCAGCUCCAUCAGCCCCUAUGUUAAUCCGGCCCUGCCAGAGUUCCCGAUAUGUUCUUCAGAACACUUGAGGUGAAGGAUACUUCAAAUUAAGUUGAAUUAUCCACAUCUUUUAUAGAGCCAAACAUUAUAAUUUAAACCCUACGGACCUGUAUGCUCUCUCUAGAAUGACCAAACAAGGCUUUCAGAGUUUCUUGAGGGAUAUGACGUUGUCUAUCCUGGUGUUAUUUAUAUUUUAGUUCUUUAAACAACUAAUAUUAAAGAGCAACAACUAUUAAAGCAACACACUGCAAUCAUAACUGUCUGAUCAAAUCCAACAACAUCCCACCAACAUUAACAGAAGUACAUUUAAAAAUUAACCUUUAUUUCAGACUUUUAAAUUAAUCCAAUUUCUUACUAAUAGAUUUUAAUUUGCCUUGUCUUCAUUUAGUGCUCUGUUGUUUUAAAGUAUAUUCUUUUUAAAAUAUUAUAAAUCUUAGACAGAACUUCAUUUAACACACUGAUGUGAUCUCUGAUUUGUACUGCCAUCUCCUGUCAAAUCUAUGCCGGGGGGGGGAGGGGUUCCAAUUCCAUGCAAUGUUACAGUAUUAAUACAUUUUACAUCAUUGUAUAACAAUAGGAUUAACUACAAACAUUAAUAAUUACAAAUCUGUGGCAUCAAAUUAUAUUCUCAAAUAAGCCAAACCUGACACUUCAUUUCCCAUGAUGCUACACCAGUCUCAUGACUGGCUGAUUUUGUGAACAGGGUAAUUUAGACAUCGGUAGAGCUAAAGGUAGCCAUGACUAAUAUAUAGUAACAGAGAUUAGUCAGUAAUUUAAAGUGACCCUAUAGGCACCCAAACCACAGCUCAAUAAAGUGGUCUGGGUACCAUGCCUCUGUAGUUGUAACCCUGCAAGUGAAACAUUGCUAUUCACUGCAGGGUUUGACAUGCCUCUAGUGGCUAUUUCAAUCAGAAGGUGUCAUUAGAUUGGCUGAGAUCAUCAAGAGGUUUGGUGACCGUGGACAGAGUAGCAUGGCAUGGUGGGGGGAUUAACAUUAAAGGACCACUAUAGGCACCCAGACCACUUCAGCUCAAUGAAGUAGUCUGGGUGCCAGGUCCAUCUAGUUUUAACCCUGCAGCUGUAAACAUAGCAUAUGUUUCACUGAGGGUUAAUCCAGCCUCUAGUUGCUGUCUCGCUGACAGCCGCUAGAGGCGCUUCCGUGAGAAGAUGCUGGACGUCCAUAGGAAAGCAUUGCGUAAUGCUUUCCUAUGGGCGGUUUGAAUCCGCGCAUGCGCAUUCGGAUCUGACGUCAGCAGGGGGAGGAGAGGCUGGAUAAAGAUUAGUGGCUAAAGGGAUUUUAACCCCUUCAGCCCAGUGGGAUAGGGGCCCUGAGCGUGGGGUGGACCUAAUGACCCUAUAGUGCCAGGAAAACGAGUUUGUUUUCCUGGCACUAUAGUGGUCCUUUAAUGGUGACGAGGACAUUAUAGCGUUAGGAAUACAUUUUCCUAAUGCUACAGUGUUCCUUUACCAGUAUGGAUAAUUUCCUAGUUUGUUUCUUGCUUACAAUGACCAUUAAUCCUUGAGUAUGUUUCUCAUUGUUUUUGUUUUUUUUCCCUUUUAGGAAAAAUUGUGGAUGUGGAGAAUGGUAUAAUUUGCGAGAAUAUUCCUAUUGUGACUCCAACAGGGGAUGUUGUGGUUGCUAGCCUUAAUAUUCGGGUAAGUGUGAUGAGAUUUUAUUUUGGCUGUAAAAGACUUUCAUAAACCAUUGUCAUUGAAAACAAAGGAUGAUUUUGAUUGGCCAAAACCACUAGGUAGCAUGAGAAUCUGUUGAUUGGAUUAAAAUCCCAAACUCUUCAGAAAAUACAUGGAUGGGAAUAUACUAACAGCGGAUUCUUGUCUGUUAUAAAAUGCUGUAUUCCUUACAAGUUCUGUAACUUUUACCUGAACAUAUGACCUUGUCCAAAUAUCUUAAUAUUCUCUCUCUGGAUAAUCCAGUUGCUCUAUGCUUCUUGUGACAUUCUUCAACUGUAAAAUUUACAGUUCUUCAAUUUAAAAUAGUAUGUGUUCAAAUAAAUUCUGCAAAGCACCUUCCAUAAACUGUUACCAGUGUCAACUAGAUCUCCACGCCAAUGGGAACGGCCCUGUUAUUAAAGUGGAGAUCAAGUGAAAAGGCAUGGAAUCCAGUUUGGAGACCCAAGCCGACGAUUAUCAUUUAUCUUAAACCCAAACGGAAGAAAUUCACCUUUUAAUCUGUCUAGCAACACGAUGGAUAUUAUGAUCCUAUACUGGAAAUCCCUGCACCAAAACAUUCAUUGAAAAUCCAGUCUUGUUAUGAGUUUUAAAUAUGCCACGUCGAUAAGCAGCUGACCUGUAAAAACCCUUGGCACCUUUUCCCUAAAUCUGACAUGUCUGUGCCAUAAACACAAUCAGUAUUUCUGUGUGUGUUAUCCUUUUUCCCCCCUCUGAUAACUGUCUAGAUAGAAAGAUUAAAAGCCAACAAUUGCGCCCAAUAGCCUAAUUUAUGCAAACCUUUGCCAAGGAAUUUAUUGAUGCAGCAGAAACCGUUAUCUAAGUAGGUGAUAGUUACAAUAUGAUCUUGUUACUGCCAAGCAAAGUGCAGCUACAUGUACUUGAAAUUCUGUUUUAAAUAAUAAUUUUAAGGGAAUGAACCUGAUAAUCUGCAAUUGUGUGAUCAAUGUCCAUUGAGUAGUGAUAGUGAGGAGACAAAGUCAAAUGUCCAAAGGCCUGCUGGUGAUGGAACAUAUUUAUAUUAAAGCAUUUCAUAUCUCCGCUUAUCGCUUGUCAACAGUCAUGGCCUUACAAAUGGCAUUUGUUUACACCAUCUGACAAUGAUAGCUCUGUUUAUGCAGUACCUAUUCUGAAAUGCUGCACCAUGGUUCAUUUUCUUCAAUGAAUUAAAUGUUUUAACAGAGUAUAAUAAGUAUCUAGUACAAUCAGUAUUGAAAUUCAGUACUGGCUGCCCUGUUCCCCUCUUGGGUGAGGAAUAGGGGACUCCUAAACAUCCUUUCCUUUGAUAUGUAGACUCUACAUUUUGAUGGAAUCCUUUUGAUUUCUUUAAGGAAUUACAUCUAAAUGGGUUUCUAGAGUAGUUAAAAUAAAAUUAAUUGUAAUUAAAGCACCACUAAUCUCAAUGUGUAUGUGUGUGCGCACGCUAGUUUGUGUGUAUGUGUGUGUUUAAUUUGUGGCGUUGGAUAGGGGCUGUUGGGAAUGGGUGAGCAGUUUUUUAAUUUGUAGUUAACUCCCUCCCUGCCUCUUACCUGUAGCCAGGGAGGAGGACACUAGAUUCCCUGUUCGUCCGGUGCCACAGCAGAUUGUAUAGUAAGGAGGGGGCCAAGGAAACUCCAUGCGUCAGCCAAUCAGCAGGUUCUCUCCUUCUCUCACAAGCCUGGCAUGCAGCAACGCUAUGAGAAGCAGAGCUCAUGCGAAAACACAGCUAGAAGUGGAACUUGGAGUCUCCCGGAUAAUAUAUAUAUAUAUAUAUAUAUAUAUAUUAUAAACAUUGAGAGUAUUGUCCCCGGGCCCCAUACAGCUUUAUUGGCUGUACUCCCCCUGAUGGUGGCUCUGCCUGGAGUGUAAAACAUUGCAUUUUGUUUUGUUUUUUUUUGAAUCUGCAAUGUUUACAUUUCAGGGGUAAAUCCACAUUUAAUAGCGGUCAUACUGACAGCCACUUGAAGCGCUUCUGCGGGACUGACUGAAUAAAACUCUGUCACUUGACACGAAAUAAGCAUUGAUUCAAUGCUUUUCUAUGUGGAAGCUUCGCUGUGCACACAUCAGGCUGCGCAUGCGCAGCAGGUCCCCAAUGUUCCUUCAUGACGAGCAUUAGAUUGGCCUAUUACUGAAGAGGUCAUGCCUCCACUGAGGUGCCGCAGUAGGUGGACAGGUCAGCAGACGGAAAAAGGUAAGUUUUACCCACAAACAUAUUGAGCUGUGAUCUCCAGAAUAGGUUGCUGUUGCUAUAUAUUGUGUGGAGUUGCAGCCUUCACUCUAACAGCUUAGUAUUCUACCUAACAGGUGGAGGAAGGGAUGCAUCUACUCAUCACUGGUCCUAACGGUUGUGGGAAAAGCUCUUUGUUCCGGAUUUUGGGUGGCCUCUGGCCAGCCUACAGUGGGGUUCUAUACAAACCCCCUCCUCAGCACAUGUUUUACAUUCCACAAAGGUAAGUGGCCUUUAUAUUUGGAGCAACUUUUUAUUCUAUUAUAGGAACAUUUAAUAUUUUUUUUUAUUAGAAAACCCUUGGGUUAUAUCCCCUCUGCAUUUGUGAAAUCAUUUCCCCUACUACAGAAGCCCAUCCCCUCUGCUACCACCAUUAUGUAGGAGAUUCACUUCUGCAUUUUUCACACGAUUCUAUAUUAACACUUGACAGAUGGAGAUUCAGGGUAUUGGACAUUAUUAAGGACGCAGUAAAAAGGGUCAAAAAUAGCUUGGUUCAUACCUGUUCUUUUUGGCUGCACAGGUGUUAAUGUACCUUGCGCUUCACAAAGCUGGAUUUUCUGCCGUUUAUUUUUUUCUUCUGACCGAAGCUAGUUGGCCUACUUAAUUUUUUUGCCCUUCUAUCUUUGAAUAGACAUUUUUGCGAUUACUAUUGUUUUCUUGAAAACAAUGAAAAUUAGAGAGUGGGGAAUGAAUUGCAGAAUGUAAGAAAAAUUCAUAAAAUGGCUGGGUUUUUUUUUUUCUUGGUACUCGUGCAUCUGCCAACAGUUAUUGCAGGGCCAUAUUAAAUGAGAAUAUUGGAGAAUCCAUCCCUGUUUUUGACUUCAGAACCUGCAUUUGGAUUCGCCAAGUGCAAAGGAUGGGGAGUCCUGCAGUCGCUUUUAAGCCCCUUCUAAAUAUGUUUCUUACCAUUUUCUUGUUCUGCAUUUCUACACCUGUACUGCGCCAUCUGCUGACAGGAUGCAUGCACUAUUAGCUGUAGGUUUGCCCUCCCAGGAAGAAAAUAAACUAACAACAUUUGUUUGAGAUUGCUUUUUAAUGAAUUCCCUACAACAUCAUCUAAAAUGUUCAUCCUAAAGGGCAGCACUUUUUACAUGCGGCCACUCAAUAUGCUUAAAGGACCACUAUAGUGCCAGGAAAACAUACUCGUUUUCCUGGCACUAUAGUGCCCUGAGGGUGCCCCCACCCGCCCGGCUCUGGAAGGGGGAAAGGGGUAAAAACUUACCUUUUUCCAGUGCUGGGCGGGGAGCUCUCCUCCUCCGAUCCUCCUCCGUUACGCCCCGACGGCUGAAUGCGCUCGCUUUCCUAUGGACGCUUCCGUGCUCUCACUGUGAUUUUCACAGUGAAAAUCACGCAAGCGCCUCUAGCGGCUGUCAAUGAGACAGCCACUAGAGGAUUUGGAGGAAGGCUUAACCCAUUCAUAAACAUAGCAGUUUCUCUGAAACUGCUAUGUUUAUAAAACAAUGGGUUAAGCCUAGCUGGACCUGGCACCCAGACCACCUCAAUAAGCUGAAGUGGUCUGGGUGCCUAGAGUGGUCCUUUAAGCGAUGUGUGUUCAGGAUGACAUGGUGUAUCAGACAAAAACAACAAUGCCAUGCUGAUCUUAGAUUUGUUUCAGCCUAUAUAUAUAUAUAUAUAUAUAUAUAUCCCUUUUUCACCAUCCAUGUUCUCGAAUUAAACUGCUCACUUCCACUAUGAGGAGCACAGUCUGUACCUUGUGCAGUAUACACAUCACAGGUGUGUUUGUGUUUUUAAUAGAUCAUUUGAUUUUUAAAAGUGCGGUGGAAUUUGUCGGCGCUUUAUAAAUGAUAAUAAUAAAGGGUCCCUUCAAGCAGCAUCACAUCUUUGCAUCAAAGAGUGUCUAAGAAUUUAAGCAAUUAGUUUAAAAUCGCUGCAGCUCUAAGCUGCCUCCAUGUUGUCAGUCAGGCAGCCUGCUAAGAGCCUAUACGUUUACCGCAGCUCUGCCGAUAGCUAGUCAUGGCCAUAAACUUAUAGAAGCUCCAUUAUAACUAUUAUCAGAUUACAGAGCGUUCGCCCAUCCUGCAUGGUGAGUGGAACUGUUCUUGGGGAUAAAUUACUUAUCCUUUAAACCUCUACUGGCGGUUAUUUAUGCAAUAAAAGUCUCUCGGAGUAACUUUUCUGUUUUUUAUACUUCUACUGCAUUUCUCAUGUUUUAUUUUUAUAUUUCAUUUUUAAAAUGUAACAUUUUAAUUUCUAUUUAACUGUAUUCUCGUUACUUGCAGGCCAUACAUGUCCGUAGGAACUCUUCGGGAUCAGGUCAUUUAUCCUGAUACUGCAGAUGAUAUGAGAAGAAGAGGCUUUACUGACAAAAACUUGGAAGCCAUACUGAAUAUUGUGAAUCUAUACUACUUGGUGCAGAGAGAGGGAGGUGAGUGCACCCAAUAUCCACUGCCUCAAUGAGAAUUGUUGGGGAUUCAAAGUGAGUAUCAAAUUUAAGGCCAAAAUGAAACCGAAUCGAUUUUAUUUCUUUUUUCCCCCUAAAUUUUGAAAUUUUAUUUGAAUUCCUGACAAUUCUCCCUUUAGUGAAUUAACCCUGUUUAAAUACCUAACACUUCUCACUUUUACUCUGAUAGAAGUCAAAACCACACAUCCGUCAACUGGGUGUUCUAGUCUCCAAAUUCCUUCUCUCUUCCCAUAUUCAUUUCCGCCCCUACUGUAGGAUGGCUUAACUAUUCUUCCACUGUUCUAUGUAGCAGAGACUUAAAAAUGUGAGGGUAACAAUAAUACACUAACUUUCUAACCAUUACAAUUCACCUGUAAAAAUGCUUUUUAAACAUGAAAUUAUUUUGGGUUUAUUCACUAAACUCGUAAUUGUACUGAAAUUGGUAAAAAUGUUAGCGAAAUGGUUUCUUAUUACCUAGACUGCCUGUCCUCCUUCUAAAGUAGUCUAUCCCUCCUCCUGUGGUGCCCCAGACUUUUACUCUCAAAGUUCUGGGCACUCACACUUAGGUGUGGGAAGAGUAGAAGUUUAAUUCAUGGAAGAAGCCAUGCUACCUUAAAAAUAUAUAAAUAAAAAGCUUGCGUUUUUUUUGUUUGUUUUGUUUUUGUUAAAUUCUUUAUUUUUGUAGUGCGUAGGCAUAUAACAAUUGCAUGUGAGGUACCCCAAAGGCAUUCCUCUAGCACAAUACGAACAGUUGAACAUAGGGGUACAAGGGAGAUCAAGCACAUUUUUUAUAUACAAGGGUAGAAACAGCAUAGCUUUACUUUGUUUAGGCAUUUGCGUAACAUUUGCAUAACAUAACUUUCUAGACAUGUGAUUAUUUUGCAGUGGCAAGAGCUAGUCAAGCUAUGAGUAGGUUACCACAUGCGUUAAAAAGAAAGGUUGAGUGAGUCAGAAGAUUAGUUAUUGCUAGUGGCGGCAGCAGGAGAUAUGGUGAUAAGAUAUGCUGUGACAUGGCUGACAUAGGUUAGUAACGUGUUGGGUUGAAGCUUGCGUUCUUUUACUGGUCCUUUCCCCCUGCUUCAAUUUUACCUGUUUUGCAUCUACCCCAAAUAUUCCCCUACUUACCCUAUGAGAGGUGCAGACACACGGACAAUCAGAAGGUUCUAUGUGUUCAAGUAUUAAUUUAAAAAAAAAUAUAUUUUAAAUGUAUUUAUUUAUAAUUUCACAUUUGCAGAUCUUCCCUUUAUCCCAGUGUGGGUUUGGGUGGACAUCCCAGAAUUUCAUACUGUUCUUGUUAAUAGGGACAUUAAUGUCUCUGCUUUGUUAUGUAUAUUAAUCUAGACGUUUUUUUUUAAAGAUUUUUAGUGCUUACAGACAGAUUGUUUUGUUCCAGGUAGGUAAGCAUUCAGUUGACCCAGUGUGGUAUGUCAAAAAUGUCAAGCCCAUGCCCUUCGUGUCUUUAGACGCAGAUAAGAAAUUUGCCAAUUAGGAGUGCCCUUAUUGAUUUACAAAAUUAGGAUUGCCAGAGAGGUACAUGGCGGCUAUGUGUGGCUUUAGCUCCGGUGCUUUUCUGUCUCCUUUUCUAAGUCUUGAGAACCUUUGCAACAAAAUAUUGUAAAAUAGGAUUCUAUAGAAUGAUUGAAUACAGUUAGGGUAUAGAGCAGGCAUAGGCAACCUUCACCACUCCAGAUGUUUUGGACUACACCUCCCAUGAUGCUUUGCCAGCAUUGUGCGGGAUGUAGUCCACAACAUCUGGAGUGCCGAAGGUUGCCUAUCCCUGGUAUAGAGUAUGUUAACAGUAACGGUGUCUGAAUUUAAGAUUACCCUAGAAGGAAUUGUUGAAACCACUUUAAUAUUACAGGCACAUUUUGGGAUGGCGCACCUUGUGUAUCUCAUAUAUAUUUCGCUGCUUGAAUGAAAAAUUAUUAACGAGGCUUGGCAAGCUUGGUUCCAGCACACAGCUCCAAUUAUUGCAUGCCUUACAUUAUAGUUAUUUACAGUACACUUGUAUGAAUAAAGCACAUAUUUCAUUCACAUCAUAAAUCCUUCACUGUGCAUCGAAUAAACCAGUUAUUCGGUUACUGAUAUCAUAUGCAGCGCUUACAAGACACCCAUAUCACAUGACACCUAGAACACUUUUCUUCCCUACUUUUAUUUAGGAACAGGACAUCACUUCUGGAGUGCAGGUUUGGGUAUUUACCUGGUAGGUGAAGAUGUCAGGUGGAGAAAGAUGGAAGAGGCAGUGUAAUAUCAGUGCACACAGUAUAUUCCUAAUGUUACUGUCAUAGAACUGCCUGCAAAGUACCAUGUGUUGUAUAGAUAACACUGCAGAGCAACACUGAUAUUAAACCGUCAUCUCCACAAUAAUGGGGUUUCUAUACUGAUUGUUCUAAACUACUGCCACACAGUGAACUUAAUUGUUUAUAAUAUAGGAAUUUUAGGGUUUAUUUCAAACAGAGGUGGAGAAAUAUAAAAAAAUAAAAAAAUCUUAAAGUGACACUAUAGGCAUAUGGACUACUUCUUCUCAAUGAGUUGCUCUGGAGGCCAUGUCCUGCAAUGUAAAACCGUGCCAUUCUCCAGUAAUGGUGGUGUUUUCAGGUUUAAAUGCCUCUAGUGGUUGUCACUCUGACAAUGGCAGUGCAGUGUAGGAUAAAAGGUAAGUAACAUGGGUAAAAUACCUUUUUAGCCCUUGCGGGUGGGAACGGGACCUGAAAGCUGACUAGGACACUGUAGCGUUAGGAAUACUCAUUUGUAUAAGUAAUGAAAAAAAACAUUGUAUUGUGAUUAGUUAGAAAUAACACAGCUAGAGCUACAAAAAUGUGACUCUAAGCUAUCUGCAGCACAAAGCUCAGUAACGUGGAUGAUGCUGGAUAGUAAUGUGAAGAGAUCUGGUCACACCAUGCACUUUCCUCCUUAGCUUUGCCCUAACUGCUUCCUAUGGUUUCCAUACAGGUUGGGACUCUGUCAGUGACUGGAAAGAUGUGCUGUCUGGGGGAGAAAAGCAGCGUGUUGGAAUGGCUCGCAUGUUUUACCACAGGUUAGAUCUUCCUAAUGUUUAUUAAAAAAAAAUAUUACUGGACUUUCUUUGCUUUUAACCUGGCAUCAGACCACAGCAGAUCUUCUGUACACAAAAUAAAGUACACUUCUAACUGUACGUGCUCUUUACUUGCCCUUAGUAAUCUAUUAAACCUACUCACAUAUUUACAGCACAGCCGUAAGUGCCUCUAUUUGCUUUACGUCAAUGAAUGGUUACACUUUUUCCAUAUGGAGAAGCUGUGCUCCUUCCAUAAGAGACUGGGAUGGGCUGUACUCUUUCAUCCAUUUCUUCCUUUGGACCUUACAGAAGCUGCUUUUAUAUGUGUAUGUAAGUUCACAUGUGGAGUCAUUGAAUUUGUCCAUCUCUCUUAUCUGCAGACCUAAAUAUGCUCUCCUGGAUGAGUGCACCAGUGCUGUUAGUAUUGACGUGGAAGGAAAAAUUUUCCAGGCUGCAAAGGAUGCUGGGAUUGCACUCUUGUCUAUCACUCAUAGACCCUCUCUCUGGUAAGUUUUCAGAUACAAGUAGUUUUUAAAUCCAGCACAAAAGCACUUUUCCUGAUCAAACCGUGGCAGUGUUAACUAAAUUGUUUCAUAACUCCCACUUGCAGCAGUUCGACAGAAAACACGUUUUAAUUCAAACGAGAAUGCACUGAACUCUUUAAUAGGGUGUUAUGGAUUUCGGUUCCACCAAAACUAGCCCAACGGCCAAAAAAGAACCAAAUUAAAUGGUCCAGCACUACUUAGAUGUGUGUUGCUAUUGUCUGGUGCCAACAGGUGAUGGGUAGAGUUUUGUUGCAAUAAAGGGCCUUUAUCAAACAUGGUUAAGAUCUUUUUCAAAUCUUCUAUAAAUUUUCUAUUGGACUUUUACUUGAGGGCAUCAAAUAAAACAGAAAUUGAAGGAGUGCUGGACUAUUUUAUUUUUUAUGUGUUUUUUUUUUUUUCUUUCUUUCUAACAGGAAGUCUUAUUUUCAUGUUCUUCACAACAAUAGGAUGUAGCCAAGUUUUUAUUUCAUGCCACUAGAUCACAAAAGUAAAAUUUAAGUUCAGUCCAGCUUCUCUAUCUCUCUCUUCCUGGAGACUUGGUGCAUGCAUCCCCAUUUGAUUCAUUGAGUAUUCCUAUUUUGUGUCUGGGUAUUUGGUCAAAUUUUCUCCUUGAGUAGAUAACUAUAGCAUUUGUACCUAUUGGUUCUUCCAUAGAGGGAGGCUGCUCUAUUCAGAACUAUUGGCCCUUUCAUGGAGGGUUGCUGCCAUAUGCAAAGCACAUGAUAUUUAUAACCAUAUUUUCAUGAUCACAUGAUUAUGUCCAUUUUAAGUAACCGUUCCUUGUUCACUUGUGCCAGUAAACCUUUGACGCUGGGUUUUACUUUUUAACACAGUAGUUGGUGGUAUGCUGCCACCAUCUACUGGCCGUUUUAAGAAUUACACUUCGUGUAAUUCUGAAUGAAGCCUUGUUCCCAGUCGAUUGUAUAGAGAUCGGUGCUGUGCAAUUGACAUAGCCCAGCACUGGUCCCAAUCGGCUGGGGACAGGCUGGGAGACCCUGCUGGGGUCUACUAAAAGAUACCUACACCCUAGAAAAAAACGUGGCUAAGUUAUAGGGCGUAGACUGCUAGACCUACACAGAGCUCAUUGGUCAGUCUGGGGUCACUAAAAAUUACCCCAUCUUACAUACAAGAGUCCCAGGUAUCCAGGAUUUAACCCUGCUCAGAUCGUCAAGUAGGCAUGUAAACAGCUGUUUGCAGCUUUGGCUUCCAGCACUGAAAGGAGCUCAUCUAAAAGUUUGGGGCUACUUGAUAUGGCCCCAGCAGACAGAGGGGAGCCCCAGGUGUCAGGUUGAUUUAACCCUGCUAACGCCAAUUAUGGAUGAUGUUCUAUGCCGCCCUACAGUCUUUUAAGUCCACUUUAUGUAGGACAGAAUAGAAUAUGCUAACAUCCUUAAAGCGAGAGCGUGUAUAGUGUUCGGAAUACAAAUCUGUAUUCCUAUCACUAUUGAACUCUCUUCCUUGCUCAUCCUCCUUCCCUCUUCCGGCAGCAAAAGGGUUCUAAAACCCUUUAGUUAUUUACCAGAUUUCAGCUCUGAAGUUCCUUGGCGCUGGGUUGGUGUACCGCCUCUGACAUCAUCGGGGGGGAGUGGGGGUUAAUGCGCAUGCGCCACUAGUGCACUAGGCAGUCCCUUUAGGAAAGCAUUGCUUCAGUGCUUUCCUAUGGGGAUGUAUUUGUGCAGAGCGUGAGGACGUCCAGCGUCAUUUAGGCGACCAAAAGUCAGUUGGCAACCAAGAAGCACUACAGGCAGUUUUAGUCCUGCAAUGUUAUCAUUGCAGUCUCUCAAAAACUGCAUUGAUUACAUUGCAGGGCUAAAUGGGACAGGAACAUUGCACCCAGACCACUUCAAUGAGCUGAAGUGGUCUGGGUGCCUAUAGUGACCCUUUAAGUGGUUAAAGGUCCAUUAUAGGCACCCAGACAACUUCAGCUUAAUGACGUGGUCUGAGUGCCAAGUCCCUCUACUAUUAACCCUGCCUACUGUAAACAUAGCAGUUUCAGAGAAACUAUGUUUACAAAUAAGUUAAUCCAGCCUCUAGUGGCUGUCUCGUUGACAGCCGCUAGAGGAGCUUCUGCGCUUCUCACUGUGAUUUUCACAGUGAGAAGACGCCAGUGUCCAUAGGAAAGCAGUGAGAAUGCUUUCCUAUGGACUGGCUGAAUUCCGCGCAUGCGCAUUCAGCCGAUGACGGCCAAAGGAGGAGGAGAGUCCCCAGCACCGAGGGAGCCCGGCGCUGGAGAAAGGUGAGUUUUUAGCCCCCUUCCUCUCCAUUCAGCCCGGCGGGAGUGGGAACCCAAAGGUGGGGGUACCCUCAGGGAACUAUAGUGCCAGGAAAAGGAGUUUGUUUCUUGCUCAAUUUGGCACGUAUGUAUGUGGAAGUGUUUCAUAUUAAGUAAUCUUCUAUUAUCAAUCUUCUACAAAGCUCUGAAAAGGGGCUGUACCAGCACUUCCACAAACUUGCAAAGCACUCUCCAUGCACCUUCAUUUGUGGUUUGAGAGAAGGUCCGUGCGGCUUUCCUUGCAAGCAGAUAGGUGUACUACAAUUCCGUUAAACCCUAAUUGUGCAGAAUUCUAUAGAAUACAACUCUGCUUCCAUAGAAAGUUAAGUGAGCCAGGUUUCACCCACCUCCUGCUCUGCUGAGAGUUAGUUACAGAAGCUGCAAAUAUAGAUUUGAGCAAAUACAGGCACUUUUGAGAUUUUUUUCCCCUUGCUUUUGUGUUAUGUAUGUAAUGCAUAUUUCGAUGAAAUACACUCUUUUGCCACUAGGUGGUGCAAACGACAUUAAAACGUGUACACGUGCAGACGUUUUGUGUUGAGUAAAAUGUCUUCUACUAGGUUAAUUCUGUUUAACCCCUUACGGACACAACUUCCGAAUAUUUCAGUCAUGUGUCCUUAAGGGGUUAAACAAAAUAUGGAAAGCAUGUCUCAUAAGUAAUUUGAGAUUUGUUUUAAAUAUGCUUAUUGUCAUCAAUGUAAACACGGGUGUUGAACAUGGUAUUAUUAAUGCAUAUACUUGCCUACGCAGAGGCGUGCAUAUUGAAAGUGUACAUAAUGUGAGGCCGACAUAUUCCAGUUAGCUCAGAGUAACACAUAGUUGCCUGCGCAGAGGCGUAGAAGUCAAAAUAAACACGCAAUGACAAAUAUUAGAUAUUCAUAGGCCUUGCAAAGCUAGACAUGCAGAAGGCGGUGAGCUUGCUUGGUACUGCGUUGUUAGGGCGUUGUUGUCAGGUAUGGGGUGGCAGUUAGUAACUUGUAUUCAGCUAACAACUCAUUGAAUGGUGCUAGUGUGGCUCGUUAAUGGGUGUUUUCAUUAAGGUGCGUCUCGCACAUUUUGCCGCUAGGUAUGCGACAUGGACUGAUGUGUUAUAGGCUCUCCCCUGCGGGGGUGUGGUCUUAGGUGCUCUGGGUAUGGGAUCCAGUCGUUGAGUCAGCGGUUUUAAGCAGUGUAGCACUAAUGUCAUGUAGCCUUGCGUGUGAUGUGUCACUGCCCUUGUUCGUGAACUUUAGCUCUUAAGGGUACCAUAGAUUUACAUUCCACACUUUAUAUUUAACUGACGACUUCCUUAUUUGGGGAGUGCACUGUGGGUGACAUAUUUUAACAAUACACUAUUUUCUUCUGAGAUGCCUGUGUUUGCGUAUUUAUCCCUGUUACCAUAAACUGCAGUGAAGGCCCAUCUUGCGAAAAUGAGUUAGUGUUUGCGCGCUCUGGCCUUUUGUCUGCAGCCCUGAGUUCUAGUGUGUCUUGUGGCUACCAGCUCGUGUAUAUUGGGGUUGUAUUUGUUUUGUACAUUUUGUGUCCUUCCCCUCUGCUAGUAAUGAUGAAACCUUCUGCGGUAAGUCUGUGUCUCCUUUAUUGCGUGUAUCCAUGGUUAUGUCUAUGUUGUGUUGCUUUAUUCUGGAGCUCUGUGUGUCUGCCCCUAGUGUUUCGUCUUUGUGGUUCCGGUUUGUGUGUCUGAGUCGCUGUCUGUGUGUCGUGGUGCCGUCGCGCUGAGGUGGGUUCGCCUGUGUGCGUGGUUGGUAAUUUGAGAUUUGUACCUUACAUGUGCCAUGAUCCUUCCUAAUUUAAUGUCGAUUUGAAACCCUAGUUGAAAGAAUGUCUUUAAAGAGGCAUUCGAGGCACAAUAACCACAGCCCAUUGGAGCUAGCAGGCUUCUGCUAGAUCUGCUAUCCAACACUUAACUUGCUCUAUUUAUGCUGCUGAAAUUACACUUCAACAUUCGCAAUGUCAACAUUGUUCAUUUAAUUCGCUGAGGGUUGUCAAAUCGCGGAUAAAAUUAUGAUUGCUAAUGUGGAACUUUAGCCUCCUCAGUAGUAAUACGGCAAACAUCAUGGACAUUGUAGAUCAACAACAUCUGGGGAUCUGAAUCGUGACUACCCCUGGUAGCUGCAAAGAAUUGUGUAGCGUGUUCAGAAUACCCACUGCAUUUAAAAUGUAAUUCUGUAGUUUGACUGACAAGCACGUGCGCACCUGUACCUUAAGGGUGGGGGAUCAAUUUACGAUCCAUUUGCUGAAUUUCAUACAGGCAGAAUUAAUUCCUGGCAGAUUAUUUUUUUUAAUCUCUGCAGGGUGAAAACCAAUGCUGGGGAAAAAGGGGAUGUAAGUCAGGUUUUAUGAGCUCCAUUUCAUUCUGCAACGCGGAACAAACAUUAAAUCGAGUAUACUAUGUUGUGAGGACAGUAUGACUUGUCAUCGGUCUUUCAUAGUUAAAACUGGUUACAUUGAAUGCUAAGGCUUACAUUUGAGCAUGAGUCAUACUGGCAUUUUUAAUGCAGCCUUGGAGUUGAUUAGAUCACCUUUUUAAAGGAGAGUUUGGUUUAUUGAGAGAUGGUAACUAGUAUUGUAACUCAUAAAUUCUAGCAUUCUAAUGGACACAUUUUUACAUUUGUUAUUUUAAGGAGUGUUAUUGAGGCACAUCUAGGCGGGAAGAGUUAUUGAGAGUGUAUUACUCUCUUCAUGAGGAUCUAUCAGCUAUUUGUCAUUUAGUAGGUUAUUUAGAAACACAUUAUAUAUAUCAGUACAUUAACACAUGUACUACAGUUUAACACACUGCUAGGAACACAGGGGAACAUCCACAAGCCAUGCAUUUUCCCUUUUCUAAAAAACCCUAACCUAUAAACAGCCAAACAAAAUAUAAGUGAAACAAAUGUAUCUUCUAUCUAACAGCUGCUCAAAACCAUGUACAAACGCAUAAAAAUCCGAGAUGCAUUGGUCAAAAAAUAAAUAUAUGUAACCAGUGUUUGAAUUAAUCAAGAACAAACAAAUCCUAGUAUAGUGUAAGAGUAUUUGAGUUUUGCAUGUUUUUCAUUUUUUAUUUGAUUAUUUAUCACAUAUGUUUUUUUGGGGGGUGGGUUGCCCAAUAUGCCACUAAUUCUUGUGUUUGUAAAUCUAAGGACUUCAUGGUAGGGGAAAAGGAUUUGAUCUUAAACAGUGGCUUUAAGAAAUGCACACCUUUAGUUUAAAGGAAAGUUGAAAAUUAAAACGGAGGAAUGAAAGCGUUGUUUUGUAGAAAGUCCAAAUGAUUUAAUGGAGGUUAAAGGAACACUGUAGGGUCAGGAACACAAACCUGUAUUCUUGACCCUAUAGUGUUAAAUACACCAUUUAGCCUUCCCUCCCAUUCCCCAUCCCCCUAAAUAUAGUGUAAUCUUACUUUUAUUUUAGUCUGCUGCUGGCUCUGCCCCUGAUCUGCCUGCUUGGCUGACCUCAUCAGAACAGGUGAUCUCAGCAAAUCACAGUGCUUCCCCAUUGGAUUGGCUGAGCUUGUCAAGGAGACAGAUCAGGGGCAGAGCCAGCACAAGCCAAACACAGCCCUGGCCAAUCAGCAUCUUCUCAUAGAGAUACAAUGCAUAAAUACAACUCUAUGAGGAAAGUUCAGUGUCUCCAUGCAGUGGAUGGAGACAAUGAAUGUCAGUCACACUGUGCAGCACUGCCCCAGGAAGCACCUCUAGCAGUCAUCUGAGGAGUGGCCAGUGGAGGUAUCCCGAUGCUGUAAUGUAAACACUGCAUUUUCUCUAAAAAGACAUUGUUUACAGCAAAAAGCCUGAAGGUAAUGAUUCUACUCACCAGAACAAAUUCAAUAAGCUGUAGUUGUUCUGGUGACUAUAGUGUAUAUUAAAUAGUGUUGAUUAAAUCACUGUCAUGGUUAUUCCUUACAGUGUGAAUUGUCGUGAAGGUAAAAUUUUAAGCCAAAUUGGAAACGUAGCUGACUUGGAGAAGGUUUCCAGUUCAGCCUAAAUUGUGAUAUUUACACUGGAUUCCUAACAAUUCACACUUCAGUGAAUACAGCGUUUCUGUUUGCAUAGAGUGGGAGACGUUGGUGGAAAGAGAUGAAUGGAAACCGGAGGGAGGCAAGGGGUUAAAUGAACUGUUAACCAUCUAUAGGCCCUUAAUGUAAUAAUAAUGGUAACUCCUAUACUGGUAUAUCACCAUGUCUGGAGGUGUUUAGACAAGGGACAUCCAUAAACAAACAAACAUUGAAAGUCUUCUAAAACCUGUUACUUUUCUUUCCCCAUUUUCAUUUGAUGCUCACUUUUCUUUUAAAUGUACCUUAAAGGGACACUAUAGUCACCCAGACACUUCAGCUCAAUGAAGUGGUCUGGUUGCCAGGUCCCCCAGGUUUUAACCCUUCAGAUGAAUACAUAGCAGUUUCAGGGAAACUGCUAUGUUUACAUUGCAGGGUUAAUCCAGCCUCUAGUGGCUGUCUUCCAGCGUGCAGAACGUCCAUAGGAAAGCAUUCCGCUCCACUCGGGAGCUGACGUCGACGGGGGAGGAGAGGUAACCAGUGCCGAGGGGGGGGGGGACCCAAAGAUGAUAUAGUGUCAGGAACAAAUGAUAGUGAUCCUUUAAUGAAUUAACAUCACAAUCCAAUUCAAUCAAGGCAAAGCCAUGGCACGCCAUACAAAUGAGUAACAGAAACCUUGAUUAAUUUCUCUUCUUCUCUGUACACUUUCUCUAUGCCGACUGCAGACGGAAAGGACCAAGCUUAAAAAAUGAUUGACAGGAGCUAAGAUGGAGGGGCCCGCUUGCAGAAUAAAGAGGGGUAGAUUUCUACAUACAAGUUUAAUUUUUAGCAUCUCACAAAUGCACGCAUGUUAAAUAUAACGGAUAGGUAAACAGAAUUUUAAAAAGCCCUAGGGAGUAACCGUUCACUCUUAAAUAGUACAGGGCCUCUUCUAAAAAAAAAAUUGGGGGCGGAGUGAGGGGUGCUGUAGAUAAAAAGAUUGACAGUUAGAUGUCAGUCACAGAGAGAUACAUCCUGCAAAGAUUUGGGAGUUCUCAUUAGCUGGGCAAGAUGAUAUGAUGAAGCAGUGACAUGCUUUGUAUGCCAAUUGAAGAAAGGAAAGUGACAGAGGAUGCAUAGAAUACAUGGAGUUAAUAGUGUGUGCAGUUCAUCUAGCUAGAGAAAGCUUGACAGUCUGAAUUUUCUGACCUGGAGCUGUCUUCCCCUAUUCCAGUACUGUCACAGUUGGGGGAUCUGGCUGUGUUCCAGCCCUGGCCCCCAUAUAGGGGUUUAUUACACAAUAGGCUGUUGUUCCCCUCCUCUGCACACAGGACAGUGACAUUCAGAAAAAGACAAGGCCACAUUAAGAGAAGGAGAUAAGGAAAUGUGACCACUUGUUUCCUCUUCUUGUCUAUCCAGCCUGCUGCUUGCAUGCACUGUCUUGUCUGAAUUUUCCAUUCUUCUUUUUUUUUUUUUUUCUUCUCUCCUCUUUUGAGUUCACUGGAAACUAUUUAGAAUUUUGUCUGUGCUACUUCAGGGCAUGUUACGCACUGCAAAUAAGGAGUCAUCAUGCUAACCUACUAAGAUGGGUUAGGAAUAGAAUCCUUCUCUAAGUCUGUACAUUCAAACCAUCUUACCUGCUUGGAACCUCGCAUGGUACGGUGCGUGGCAGUUUGUAACUGGUGCAGGACUCAGGUUGUUUACUUGAGGUUCCAUAAAAAUGGCUUAAGACUGAACCGCUGAGUUGUUUUGCUUAAAAGAACACCAUAAGCAUUGCUGUUUCAAACAUUGUAGCAUUUUCUUAAGAUGUAGAAAUUAACAGGAACAUUCCUUUAGAUAUGAUACAAUGACCAUGAAGACUAAGCAACAAUUUUCUGUUCAUUUGUAACGAAUAACAUAAUUUGCAAAGUAUCUUUUGAUAUAUUAGCAUAUCAGAGAUUCAGUGUGCACGUAGGUAUUCUAUGAUUACAAAUAUUCUCAUUCUGCAUGGGGAAGUAGUUUAAAAAAAAAAAAAAUAAUAAUAUAUAUAUAUAUAUAUUUUUUUUUUUUUUGCAUUGCAUUGCAUUGCAUUGCAAAUUCUUGGCGCAAAGGCCAGAUGUCUGAAAAUGUAAGGAUUUGGAACAUAUAUGUUUGUUUAUUUGGUAAGCAAACUCACACCUGUCUUUUGUAAUCACAGGAAGUACCACACCCACCUGCUACAGUUUGAUGGUGAAGGAGGCUGGAAAUUUGAGAAGCUGGACACCGCGGCCCGGCUCUCGUUAACAGAGGAGAAGCAACGGCUGGAACAGCAACUAGCUGGCGUGCCCAAGAUGCAGCUGCGACUCAGUGAACUCUGUCAGAUCCUGGGAGAGGACUCAGAAGUGGGGACUACGGAUGGGAAUACUGACUCGUAAAAGUCUGUGUAAGAGAAUUGCCACUUUGUGCCACAACACUUUGACCACGUUUAAAACCAGAGACGUGGCACCAGGUUUCCACUGGUUUGCCACAACUUUUGUUUUUUGGGUUAAAAUAAUUUCCAAGGGCCCUUGUAGUGGAUUUACGCCACUCAGUUCAACGACAUCAAUAAUUCCAUUGCUCGGUUAGAAUGGCCUGCGAUACACUGCAGAGAAAUAUAUUACAGAUCCUUCUGGCUGUGCAGGAGUUAACAUGCACUUUGUGUCACUAGGCUUCCAUCCCAACCCAUGUGACUAGCUCUCCACUCUGAAUGUGUUCUUGGAAGCAUAAGACCUUUCCUCUUAUUGUUAGAUGAAAUAUCUACGGUUUUAACCCAGCAGAAAGUGUGAAGAGGACGGUUUUGUGUGCUAAUUAGUGUAUUGGUCUGCGAGACCCCUCUUUCACAGGCACAUACUUACUCCCCUAAUAUGUGCAUUAGUUCAAUGUGAAAGGAUUUUUUGUUUGUUUUUGUUUGCGGCACGGACUAGCAAAAUUGAACACCUUGCAUGCCAGGAUGUAGGCAGCAUCCAGCUCACCCUGCUUUGCACACAAUCGGUUAAUUCCAUAUAACCUCUACUAGCCAUGUAUGAUGUGGCAUGUAUGCCCCAAAUAUUCUUAAGGAAUUCCUUGCAAAUUAAAAUGCAUGGAGCAGACUUAAUCGAUGCAUUGAAUACCUUCCAGAAGUCACAGGGUUACUUUUCCUUCCGAAGAAUAGCGGGGUCAAGAGUCGCCCUUUGUGGUCGUAGGCAAUUCUUCUUGUAGGCGAUCUAUUUAUAUAGUAUAAAGUGCAGUUAAAGCCCAUUCAGAAAAAGGCAAUUUGUAUUAUAAUUUGUAGCACAAAUGAAGGAGGCAUCCCCUGUUGUUAUCUGACUACAAACAUGGGUGGCAUUUCCAUAACAUACAUUUUCUCAGGUAUCCUGCCUCAAGCCUUUUCUUUUUUUUUCUUUUUUUAAAAUGUUAUUCUGUAAUUGGAGAUUGAAAUCAAUAUCUUAUGCCUUUUUCAUACAGUCACGUAUCCCACAUUUUCUGAUCUGUCUGGUCAUGUCAAAAAAGAAUCAAGAGUUAAGAGAUGUCCCUACACACUUUGUGACUUUAUUCCAAGUGUCUCAGUCACUGAUAAAUUAUAUGCAGGAGAAUUGCUCUGAGUAAACUGUACAUUUGGGGUAGUUAAAGGUAUGGCCUUGCGGACAUUAGGGCCAAUUGUUAAGGCGGUCAUCCCAAAACGAGGAUUUUGUAAAUGCAGAAAGCAAGUUGUGUGUACAUAGGAAUGCUGGCUUGCCUUGAUUUUGUGGAUCUCAUACGAAUGUACUAUACAGAGGGUCUUAGAAUAAAAGUAUUGUCAGUAAAAUGUAGCCAUUAAUGUGCUGCAGGAUUAAAAAUGGCUUAAUCACAACAGGGAUCCUGAUGCUGUGAUAAGUUAAUUGCUUUCACUCCUGCUGCAUGUGAAUGCUACAUACUUAAAGUAUUUUUCUUACAUAGCGCAAAGCGUUUAUAUGCACCCGUGAAAACAUGGCAAUCUAGCAGCCCUGUGAGUACAAUGCCUGACUCUGCUAAUCUUGCGGGAUAUUUAAAGAAUAAUUUGCAGUGGUGACACAUAAAUUCAGUGACACUAGAUGGAUUGUUCAUUCAGCAGUGAAUUGCACUGAGUUGGCAAUUGACCUGCAAAAUUCAGGCCAUAUUGGAGGUUGUUUUUUAACUACUAAUUUCAUCUUAUUUUUUACUUUUGAGCACAGACCCCCUAAGUUGUUUUAGUGUCUGUUAAGUAAGACCCAGUCAUUCAACUCACUUUCAUAUGUCACUUAAUAUAAAUAUAUAUAUAUGUUCACCAGCACAUGACGUCCUGUCCAGUCCAAUGAAAGAAGCCCCAUACUCUGCAGUUUGACUCAUUACCCUUGCUACUAAAUCUUCCAGUUUUGCUGCAGUCAGUUGAUUUUGAGCUGUGAGUUUCUAAUCACACCACCCUCCCAUGUGUGCCUAAAUGGUCAUCCAGCUCUCAUUUUCUGUCUAUAGCUUUCUGAAACUUCCCCAAAUUUAUUUGCAGCCCUUCUAAAGUCAUGAUUAACAGCUUCGUUUUAAAGUGACACAAAAUCCAAUCUGAUGACUUGACACACGUUUUCAUACUUUUUGAAAACAUAUGCUUAUUUCAAAGGGGGAAUAGAAUCCAUUUACCAAGUGUUCUAAGCAUGGCAUUCUACGAAUAUGUUAAAGGCACUUAGUCAUGCAUAACAUGACCAAGUUCCCGUUUUACUCUGCCACAAUUGUGGCUAAAAUAGUUUACCCAUGUCUGAUUAGGUAUGCACAUUUUAUUUUUAACAACUCUUAAUCUAUUACAAUAUCAAUACCAAGUUAUAUAUUAUACCAGAUCAAAAUGGGAUUCUGUUAUCUUAGAAAGUACGCCCAUCUCAAAUUAUAGUGAACAGUAUUUUGUGUCUGAUGCACUGAAUCUUGUUUCAAUCGCUAGUCCUUGGGCUCCUCUGGCCAGUGUGAAUGCCACCCCCCUCCCAAAAUCAUUGACUUUUUAAUUUUUUUUUCUCCUUUCCCGAUUAUUUAUCUACAUUAUGUAAAUGUUACUCAUAGGGACAUUAUAAAGCAGUGCAUGCUAGGAGAGAGACACAUUGCUGUUUAACUGGAAUGUAAGUGUUCAUCACAGUGGGAAUCAAUACAUUGUACUAAUCACCUAACUAAAUUGUGAUUGACAUUUUCCAGACAAUUAGUCUGGCUGUGUUCCACCUAGUGCCCACUUCUGGUCUGUAUGGUGGGAGAGAAAAUAACUUGCUGUGUCUUCCUUCUAUAAACCCAUCAGUAACUGGCUCUGUCUUUGCUGUUCUCCUGUGUCAGAUGAGAAUUGACAGCAGAUUUCUCUAAUUUUUCAUCAGGGGCACUCAGGCUGGCUACCUGGUUGGCAGGCAGAGAGGUAGGAGUGGGUGGAAGAUAGAUUCAGGAGACAUAUAAUAAAUCUCAAACUGUGCAAUAAUUAUUAAUUAGAGCGAUUACACCUGAAUUUUGCAGGUAGCUUUGUAGCCACUUUGUGACGGGGUCUUUUAGGCAAUGAGAGUAUAUUCCACACUAGAACUGAAUGUACACUACAAAAUGGCUAGUGGCAAGUUCAAAUUGAGAGAUUGGUGUCAUUGUUAGACUUGACAGACACUUGAAUGUAAAUUUUGCAUAGACAAGUGUCACUUUAUUGCUUUUGUUAUUUUUGAAGGGGGAUUAUUUGGUAAAUUUCUGGAACCUCUUUUUCAGUACGGGUUAAUCUUUCCUUGCAAUCUGCAUUAUGGACAUUAAUAUCAGUUGCAUAUCACUAAAUGGGAGCUCACCAUGGAUUGGGAGAUGGGGGAGGGUUCCGGAAUAUUAAAAAUAUAAACGUCCAAGACCAUCGCGAGGUAUUUAUUCACGAUGAAAUGUAGACUAACGUAGCCAAGCAAGGAUUUUUGUUAGAGAUUUUUUUCAGCACUUUUUGCCAACAUUUUGCAUUUCCUGGAUGGACCUAGUAUAUACCCCACAUGAGACAGAAGGAAAGUGUUAAAAGAAGCUCUGGAAACUCCCUUUGCUACUGCUUUGCCACACAAAAGUCUGUACAAUUUGGUACUAUUUUCUUGGAUAGGCAAUACAAAGUGCAUACUAAUAUGCAUGUAGACAGGUGUAAUUCCCACUCCCAGAGAUCAGGAUCAAACAUUAAAGGACACUAUGGUCACCAAAACAACUAUAGCUUAAUGAAGCAGUUUUAGUGUAUAGAUAAUAACCCUGCAGUUCCACUGCUCAAUUCACUGCCCUUUAGGAGUUAAAUCACUUUGUUUAUACACCUCCCUACAUGUGACCUACGCCUCCUUCCCAAACACUUCCUAUAAAGAGUCAUCUAAUGUUUACACUUUUACACCUUUAUUACAAAUGUUUAAUUGAGAAUUUCUUAUCUCCUGCUCUGUUAUUAGCUUGCUAGACCCUGCGGUGGCCUCCUGUGUGUGAUUGCAGUUCAAUUUACAGAGCAGGAGAUAAAAACUUUUAAAAUAAGUUACAUCUGAUUGAAAAAUAAAUAAUUUUGAUUCCUUGCAGCCUGUGUCAAUCACAGCCAGGGGAGGUGUGGUUAGGGCUGCAUGAACAGAAACAAAGGUGAUUUAACUCCUUAAUGGUAGAUAAUUUAGCCAGUAAUUAAGCUAAAGUUGUUUUGGUGACAAUAGUUUCCCUUUAAGUAUGAUAUGUAAUGUGUCAAACCAAUGGCCAUUUCACUACUACAAUAGAGAUUACAUUUUAUAAUUUACCUGAGCUUUACUAAACACAUAUAGUGGAUAACAUGUCCACUUUUAAACUCUCUCUUGAGCGUCAGAAUGUUUCAGGUCAUUGUGUACCUAUGUAUUUACCUUUAUUUGAACGCGGGCAGGGACGUAGCGAGAGUACACUUUACAUAUGUGUGGGUGGUGUUCUCUCACUUGAUGUACCAUUAACUCGGUGUUCUAUAAUGGAUUUGUUUUGCACUUAAUGUAGAAGGUAUUUUAGAAGCACUCAUCUGGAGCUGAUAUUAUCUUUAAACAUACCCCUCGUCGCUUUCUGAAGUGGAAGUCAAAUAGGAAACUUAAAUCCAGCAACUAAUUAACCUUUUAAAUGCCAAAAUGACACACCUUAUGUAUUACUUAACCUCGAGAGAUAAUCAGUGUGGGGGACCAUUAAUUGAUAGAACAGACUAUGCUGUGGAAACCUUUAGACACUUUAUAAUAAGGCAUUUACACUUACAUUUCCUUUGUCACGCUAACAUAUUUCCCAACAUGCACUUGACCUUGCCAUUUCCUGAAUUUGUUGUUGCAUUAUUUUAAUAAUUUGAGCAGAAAUGAGGAGGCUUAGUUGUGUUUUUAAAAUUUUCAUAGCACAGUGUGUUCACAGCAGGUAUGUUUAAAAUGUAUUGUUUAAAAUAGCUUAAAUCAGGUGAACGCUUCCAAAAAUGAUAACCUGUGUUGAACGCCCUCCCAAUUAUUUCCCUAUGACAUCUAGGUUAAGCAUUGAGCCUAUGCAGGCACCUGUUGCUGCUUAGCACGGGCACCCACUAUACCGGCACCAGAAGUAAAUCGAGAUCUAUACAGUUAGUUGUUAGUUUUUAGGUUUUAAUCCUUGGCAAUAAUAUUGUGUGACUGUCGCUUUAAUUUAAUGGUUCUUAACCAGUUUUGAUAGGAACCCACCUGGCAUUAGCUUUGUGACUCACCCUUUCACUUUAAACUUAUCUCCGCAACCAACUCUUUGCCUAUAAUGUGAUUUACAACUAAAUUAAUUCUACAAAACGCCUUUUUUAGCCUCUUCCCAGUGUCAGUGCACUUAGCUAGACUGUGUUGCCACAGUAAACCAUUUAUUGUAGACACUUUCCUGGGUCCUUAUUAAAUAAUGUGCCUGACCCAGCCAUUCAAAUCAUGUACCUAGGGACUCAGCCAAGGGGUUGAGAACCACUGCUUUAACGACGGGUCUUGUGAGCACCUCCCAACAUUCUAUUCUUACAACCGUUUGAUAUUCAAAUAAGUUACACUGCUAUAUUGUAUCCUACAGUUAGUAUGUUUUUGGAAGUUAUUGACUGAAUAGCUGAAACGUGCACAGCCCUAAUCUGAGAAAGAGUUAAACCUCUUUAAUUUUGCAGUAUGAUGAUCAGAGUGUAAUUACCUUUCUAAGACUAGUAGCCGCACAGAAUCGGGUUACUCAGAGUGGUAAUACACACUACCCUUUGUUUUGUUGUUUUGUUUUUUUAUUUCCCUUCUGUUUGUGAACUCAGAGCCUCCAAUUACACCCAUGGGGUAGAUACAGGCGUGUCUCCAAAAAGGAAGUUCUUAUCCUAGUCACAUGCUGUUCCCCUUGGAUAUUGUUGUAGAAAGCUGUGAGCUGGAUUUUAGAAACUGGUUUUAUACAAGUAAGACUUUAGGUUCAAUUCCACCUGACUUACAUUUACAAUUACAGAAACCAAAAAAAAAACGGGCUUGAGACAAUUGGUCAUGAUUAGCAUCUUUUGAGCCACAAAACAUUUCAAUUAUUUGAGUUAUUUUGUCAGUUGCCUGGUAGGAAUCACAAGCAUGCGUGCUACACGUGAAGUGAAAGAGGUCCCUUUUUAAAACAAUCUGUGUGUGUGAAGCGAAUGAUAAGGGUCCUGCUGCUUUUUGGCAGGUUUAUGCUUUGUAAUAUAGAACAUUUAUUUUGAAAAUUCUAAGGACCUAAAACUAUGUUCAAUAUUCCAUCACACAUGGACCAAUCGGUUUCUGUGCCAAUGAACAUCUCACCAUGAACCUUUUCCAACAAAAACCAGAGGCUGUUAAAAGCUUAUACGAGAUUUGUAUACCGCCAACCAUUGAUCCUGUCUGUUCAGCACGUGGCUAUUCAUGUACUUCCGCUCCCAUGAUCCUCCACUACCUGCGCCAUACCUAGUAGUAGAGCAUCAUUGAAGUUUGUACGCCCAGGCCAUAGAUUUUCAGAAUGUUAAUAUUUACACAGUGCUGGAAAUAAAAUCACAUCAGAGAUUCUUAAAUUUGGGAAUAUUGUACUUAGGCAUACAUAAAUUUAAUGUGAACAUUUCUAUUUUUAUUUUUUUUUAUUUUUUUUAAACCGAUCAUUUCACACUUCCAGGCCAGUACAUAAACGGAGUCAAAUACACCCACAAACCAGGCUAUUGACUCGUAAAUCUUGUGUUUGUAUGAUCUUUACCAUACCCAUGUUAUUACCAUGCCCAUAGCUUAUUUGCAUAUAGCUUGUAUAAAUUAAAGAGUAAAGUUAAUGAUCUAAUGUAGCUUACUUUUUAGAAUGUCUAUUUAAUUAUCCUGAUAUAUGCUGGCACUUUAACCUGUCAAUCUUAGGGAAUAUAGGCAUUUCAAUUUAUCUAAUAUUAGCCAGAGUAUCUAUUUUUGUUUAAUUUAAUUUUAAAUUUUUUAUUACAUAGUUUACAGAAAUAAGAGAUAUAUAAAAUACCAAAACUGUAGAAAUGUAGCACAAAUGACAACAAUAAGUGGAUUUUUUUUUGUUUUGUUUUUUUAAACCAGUAAGAGAUGUCCCUACCCCAGUUAGGUUCAUAGGCCAGUAAAGUAUGUCGUGGAGGAUGUCGCACAAUUCUGACAUUAAGAAUCUGUCAGUUUUGUAUGAUUCCUCAUUUAGGGCUUUAUUUGUAACUAGACUUGUGUAAAAAAUCCCUUUCAGCUAUAUGAUUAAAUCAAAUGCCUGUUAAUUAAUGAACGAACAAAACUAUUAAUUUUGAUUUGCCUUAACGAAUCGAUUCAUUCGUCCAUCGAUUUACAGGCGUUCGAUUUGUUCAACAGCUGAAAGAGAUUGGUGCACAACUCUAGUUAGAACCCAAAAAGGGAUAGUGAACUAGUCUCAGACUUAUAGGAAAUGUCCCCCCGUUUUAAAGGGGGGGAGGAGGGAAUAGAAUACACUUUAUAGUAUUAUGUAAUUCCAAAUUAAUAACAAUGAAUUAUAGUAACGAAGUGAAAUAUUGCGCGAUAUGAGCAGGCAACUUACUCAACUAACAUUUUUUAUUCACUAAACCAGUAAUUGUGGAUUCAUGACAAGGAAGCUGCAACAUUUAGGCCAAAAGUAUCAACAAUGAAAUGGAGCUCAAGUGGAGAAUGUUUUCAAUGUGGCUAUUUAAACCCUUGCCUGUUCUCCUCAUUUCCUGGUCUAGUAUCUAUAUCCAUGCAUAUUGUGGUGAGAUAGAAGCUGACUUGCAAAUUGUAGGCAAACAUUGCUGACUUGAAGAAAGAAUUCUGCUAGUCCUGAUGACUGUGAAUUUUUUUAUUUAUUUUUUUCUAAACUCUGUUUUAUCAAUUUGCAAGUUUCUCUUCUCAUCACAGCUCACUAUUGAAUAUAGACCUUAAAGUUAAAUGAUCACAAUUCUCAGUGACCAAUGCAGAUAUCCCCCUAACUUAUGACAUUUUUCUCUUUAAUAGGGACGUAGGUGUGCCUAUAAGUAUUGAACAUUAUUUCUGAUUUCUAAUAAUAAAAACAAUUUUGCCUACAAGAAAAACUAUUUUGAGAUAUAUAGAAUUAUGCUGUAGUCCAGAUUUUGUGCUACAGGUGUGGUGUUUAAUGUGUAUAAAUAUUGUAGCAGGACGGUUGAAAAGGCUAAAAGGACUUGUAUUGAGUUAAUAUUUUCUAGGUACCCUGGGUUGCCAUAAAUAAGUUUAGGAAUGAUGUAUUCUAUUAUACUGGGCUUAAGUCCUAGCCAGUAGUAUAUGCGGCGCUUAUAAUGUGUAAUCUUACGCUACUAGCCAGACUUUAAAAGUUACUUGCUAGUACAAACUAUAGCAUAGUCUCUGGAGGUGCAUUUAUACCUACCAAGGCUGAUUUUUCACUUUCAUAUGGCUAGUGGCAAGUGUGAAUUUUGAUCUCUGGUGUAUACGUUCAUAUGCUGCAGGUGUGAAAUCAAUGAAUUUACCACUCUGGUUUCUUGGGUAUCUUGGCUGUUAUUAAUUAAUUAAUGAAAUAAUGAAUUGAUUGAUUAUAGUUUGGGAAUACUUCCAAAGUCAGAAAUCGCAUAUGUUGUUCCCAGCUUAUUUUCAAGACUUUAUAGAGUUUUUGCUCUUUGACUGACUGUCAGAUGAGAGUUUUCAUAAUAGGACUGUUUCCAUGCCUACGAUGCCCGAAUGUGGGGUGCAUUUCCUUAAACAUCCAUUUUCUGAUCUCCUAAACCUUUUAAGAUUCAUGUACCUCUGCAAUCUACGGGUAACAUGUGACAUCCUUAACAAACUGUUAGUAGGUACUGCCAGUAUGUGCAAGUGUUUAUGGGAAGGAACUGAGCAGUCUUCUUCAAUGCCUGCCAUGUGAUAUAUUCAGACUUUAUUUUUCAUUUGUAUGAAAUUGCAUGAUGUGCCAUAUCAAGUAAGUUCACAUCAAACUCUUGAGCACUUACUAUCAUUUAAAAAAACCACUAAGAAAUUUUAAUAAUUGUUUAUAGCUGUUGAACUAAUUUAACAUAUGAUAUAAAUAUAGAGAUAUGCAAAAAGUGUAGACCCGGGAUCAGGCAACCUUUUGGCACUCCAGCUGCUGUGGACUAUAUCUCGCCUGAAUGCUUUGCCAGCAUUUUGGCUGUAAGUGCAUUAUGGGAGAUAUAGUCCACCACAUCUGGAGUACCGAAGGUUUCGUAUCUCUGGUGUAGACCAUCAUCUUUGACCUUUUUUAGUUUGGGGAGAUCUAAUAAUUUUGCCCUUUAGGAGUUGAAUAUCUCAUUUAGCAAAUGGGGUCUUUGAGGAUGCAUAGGGGUACUUAACUCUGUCUUUUAUCAGAGAGCCAUUGUCUGCGGUCACUUUUUUUACUUAAAAAUCUACCAGUAUAGCCAACCAUUAAUUCUCUAGGCAGUUCAUUCAUCAAACAAUGGCUUGUACUUGCCGACUGACUCAGCUGAGUUUAAGAUAUUCGUCAAUCUGCUGUGUUUUAAAACGGCUUCCAUGAUGCUUUGUCACUCUAAAGGCAUGCAAACCAUAAUCAUGUGAGUUGUAGUUGUACAAUAUCUGGGGAUCUAACUUUUGGGCAACCCUGGUUUACAUUUUGUAAAUCUAUCAAUUUUCCAGCUCGCUGUUUAACACAGGGCUGGUCAUCAGUUCUACAGAUAUGGCUGCAUUGUAUCUCCCAUGAUGCUUUGGUGCUUAAAACCAAAACUGUUGGCUAACAAUUCCAUGUUUGACUGACUUGAGCAAUCAUCAUGGGAAAUGAAGUCCCACUGCUGAAGAUCUCUACAUUAGCCUCCCCUACCUAGAAGGCCAACGAUCAGUCUCCAGCGUUCACUGCUUGUUCUAACAAACUAUGCAAUGUUAUUGUCGUCUGUUGUGUAACAAUUCUUGAAAUGUGCCUUAAUUGUUAGACCAAAUGUCUUUUCUUGCUUACAAAUAAAUAUAUAAAUUUCCAAAUUAAAACGGUUUUGUCUAAAUUAUGAACACUAAUGUCAAAAUAAUAUAUUCUUGACACAAGGCAUACGGUAGGGACAGCAACACUUCGUAAUUUGUUGCCAUUACUUAUCUCAUGCACACAUUGUACUGAACUGCAAAAUAUGUUUCUGUGUUAUUAUUAACGUCAUUUAAUAAUUCUAACUUUUUUUUUUUUUUAAGUUUUAACCCUGAG